GCCUGCCCGCCCCGCCCGUCCCAGGCGCAGACACCCACCGCCGCGCCACGCUCACCCGCGGGCUGCGGGGAAAGCGCGGAGCGGGGCCGGGACGGAACGGGACGGGACGGGCUCUCGGCGCGCCGCGCUCGCUCCCCACCCUCAACCUUAUUCUUUUUUGUUCUAUGCAUUUUAUUUUCCCCGGGGGUUGAGAGCGGGGGGCCCCGGCUCCGCGUACGCCGCCCAGCCCCGAGCCGCUGGGGCACGGCCGUCCCCAGCCCCCUCUUCCAUCCCCCCGCCGUCGCUCGGAGGAGCCGCGGCCGCCCCCGGGGAGGGGAGGGGAGGAGGGAGCAGAGUUCAGCGCUGUGCGCGGGGGAGACAAAGUCUGGGGAGCUGUGGCCGCUUUCCAGCAACUCCGGCUGGAACAGCUGCGGCCGCUCCGGGCGGCGGGCGGGCUCCCCGGGCAGGGGCCUCGCUGGCUGCCUGCCCGACCGGCCGCGCCGCGCCUCGGGGCGGGGUUAAGCCUCAUUACACGGGAUUUAACGUGGCCCGGAGGCCGGGAGGGACUCCGGCUCCGAAGGGGAGCGGGGGGAGAGGGGGAGGUGCGGCCGCAGCAAAGUCUGGCCCCGGGCUUCCCCCCCGGGCACCGCCCUGAGGACAGCCCUCGAGGCGCCCUGUUCCCCCCCCCCCCCGCCCACUGCCAACUCGGGGCCCCCGGCCGGGCCUCCCCGUUUCGGCCCUCCCCGCUCCGGUCCUCCUUCGGCCGCUUUGCCUCACGCGUGUGGGGAGAGGAAGGCAGAGCGCGGCCGCUGGGUCGUGAGGUGGGGCGUGCGGGCAGAGCCGAGCUCCGCGCGGGGAACAACUUCGGCGGGCUCUGGAGAUGGUGGGCAAGGAUAGCGGCAGGGCUCCGGGGAACGCACAUAAAGCUGCGAGAGCCCUUCGCUGGGUUUUUCAGCCCUCUGUCGUGUCAGGUUUGCUCUCUGUGUGAAUCCCGGUUGAUAGCACAGCUUAAGGAAGCACGCAGGUACAGCGGCAAAGGAGGAGAUCACUUUAAGGCCCGCUUUUUUGACACAAAACCAAACACACAGCAAUGCAGACCUUACUGUGUGCUUCCUCACCAAAAUUCUCGCUUGUCGGCUUCAGGAAUACCACAUGAAAAACGACAUGCUGUGGCAAACACAGCUUUUGCUGGCCUGUUUUCCUGGGAACUGUUUCAUAACAAAAAGACUUUGUUGGUUCAUUCCCUGGGUAAUUAAAUGAGAUCUUGGUGAUACUGUCAUAUAUAUGUGUGGAGAUAAAGGUGGUAGAGGUAUCUCUGUCUGUACACACGCGUAUGUAUGAAGCCAUCCCGUUUCUCAGCUGGGCUGUUGCUGUGACUUCCUUGGCCCUGUUGCUGAAAAUGGGUUAAUUUCUGCCAACAGAAAAAGCACACCCUGAGCUCAGCGUUUGUAUGACAAAGUCUUUAAAUUGCUACAGGGGUGUGCUGCUCCUAGGCUUCAGAUACGGGAGCUCAGAUGUUUAUGUGUUGCCUAACACGUACGAAAGCGCCUCUGAAUUUUGUUAAUUCGGGUAAGUUAGCCUGAUGUAGCUGAGGACAUUUAAUUCUACACCAGCCCAGGCCUGGCUGGAAGGGAAGGGUUGGGAGCGGGAAGGAAAGGGCCGCAGCCUCGGCACAGCAGGAGCAUCGGUGUGGCAUUUGCAGGAGUCACCAGGUUGCCAUCUGCUCUGGUAAAAAAAAUGGCCAUCCCCUGAAGUAGUGACUGUGCCUGUGCGGAUCUGCUGCACAUGCGCGGCGGCUCCAAUGAGUCCAGGAUGUGUCAGAGCUGCUAUGCAUGUGCAAAUUGAUUUGAGCUUGGACACGUGAGCGUGCUGUGGGCUCAGAUCCACUGCUAGGUGUGUGAGGGAUAAUUGCCACAGCCCGCCGCUGAAAUACGGUCAGCGCAGUCACCACAUUCACUUGGUUCAUGCAUUGCUGCCACAAAGAUGUUGUUGAGUGCCUUUAGAUCAAUGUGAGCGGUUGAGCUUUGGGCAGCUUUUGUUUUGUUUUGUUUCAUUUUUUGCAACAGCAGAUGUAUGUUCAACAGCGUUGACCUUUUUCUCCAUUGUUUCUUCCAUUCAUUAUGUUUCUAUGUAGCUGUUACAAUACCAAAUCCUGGUGGGGGCAGGACCAAGCCAGCUUUGGUAUAGCCUGGUCUGGGAUAAGAGUACCUUAAGGGGCUGCUGUCCGUCAGUUACACUGCAUUAUCUCAUGACGUGUCAGGACAAAGCUGGGCAGGUCUGCUCUGCGAGCUGCUGCCUCCAUUGCUGUGGCAAUCAGAGGUGUGAAGGACCGAAAGAGCAGUGAGAGCAGGAGCCCGGGGGUGGGAUUGUAGCGCUGUGUUUGUAGCAUGAUUUAUGGCAGGGGGACAGGCUGGGAGAAGUGGUGUCACCAAACGUAAAUCCACGAUGGGAGCGCUUUGUUGAUUAAGGGCAUUUGAGCGGCUUUGUCAGGAAAAAUGUUCAGUUUAUACCACACUACCAGCUAUCAUAAAUUAUCUCUGCCUGGAAAAUAGACAUUUUUAUAACAAAGGCAUAAUACUAAAUGAACGCGUCCUCUGAUUUACUGAAUGCAAAGAGAUCUUCCAGCUCACUGUAAACUAACUCAGAUGAAACUGACGUUCCUUGUCUCUUCUUUUCUCUCUUAAACUCUAAGGGCGGGUAGCUUCAAAAGUUUCAACUGCAUUUUUACCUUCUGUUCUUCCUGGAAUCAGCAUUUCUGUGCCUUUGGUAUUAUUCCUAAAAUCUAAGUGAGACCCUGGCGGUACUGAUUAAACGAGGCACGUUUACAGUUCUGACUUAAAGGUAUCUUAAGUUGUCCCAGUGUGCUCAGUGAGAAACAGUGAUGUUUUCAUGCGUGAUAAUAGAACAAGUUGAAGGCAGCACAUCGCAUUAAACCAGCUAGUUAAGGAGAAGGGUCUUGGUUUGGAAAUCAUUGAAGGGAAGUGGCAACUGGUAUGUAAGUACACUUGUUCUGUAAAUACCACUCACACUAUUAUGCAACUAGAAGAGUCCAUGUAACAAAUAGUGAGAAAUAAGGUCGUUCCGGAGUCUAUCUGGAAUGGGAUCCAGACACUUUUAUGACAUUAAUUCCAAACUCGGACAGUUUAAUGAUCGUUAAUUGUGCACUGUAGUCAACAUCAGCUUACUGCAAUGUACUGCUCGGGAAACUGGUGAGUGCUGCCAGAUCCAUGGUGUGACAGUGGCAAAGUGCAGGGAAAGGUGCAGUGUGUAAAGCCAUGUUACAGUCUAAGCUCCCCAUCCCCUGCCUGCUUUAACGUGAUUAGUUUAGUAUGUGUUAAAGGCAGCCUUGCCUGUGCCGUGAUGUAUGUGCUAUUAUCACACCUUUACACCUUAGUCUUACCAAAGCCUGAAGGUUUUUCAUCGUAUUAAGCUACUUUGACUGGGCUAACGUAGCCGAGAAACACAGCUAUUUCAUCCAUUAAGAUGGGGCCAAAAAUGCUAAGUGCUUAAGAUGCAAGCCCCCAGGGCUUGUCUAUAUAUCGAGUUAUUACACGUGGAGACUUUUAUCUUCAUAAGAAAGUGUUCUUUUUGUGCAUGCCAAAGUGUGAGUUUAAAACUGGUGGUUAUACUCUAACCCUCAUGCAGGGCUCACUCAUUCUGCAACUUCUGGCUUUUUUCAGAUUAACUUCUUCCAAGUAAUUUAAAUUAAGUCCAAAAAGGUGCUCAUAUUAGAUGAAGUUUGCAUGCAAGGAAUUACACUUGCCUACGCUGCAGUGGUAGUACUUGAAUGCAUCAGUAACUUCACUGAAGAUCACUGCAUCCUGAUGGAAGUUUGUUCUGUGCUUAAGGGUUUGCAGAAAUGUGUAAAUCCUUCCUAAACUUGCAAUUUCUAUCAUUUGUUCUUGUAAUGUAUCGAUGGACUGUGCUAUGCUAUGUGGUAUUUUGUUAGCAUCUCUGUGAAGUUUGUAAAUCAUCCACAGGUUACUUAGGAACUUCAGUCUGUUCCAUCUUCGCUGUUUGUCUGAUUAGUGGCAACGUAUACAUUGCUUACAACUUCAUGAAAAUGACAUUUUAUAAUCACUGAUACUCUGAAUUUUAGUUUUGAUGUAUCGGUGGUGGUGGGUGGUGGAGAGGGAAACUUGUGGGAAAUAUUACUCAAUGUAUGAGUCUGGUUUUUUAAUCCAGAAGUGCAGAUUGCCAAUGGUUUGAGUAAAAUCCAAUUAGCAGCUGAAAGCAGGACAUCCCUUGGGUUGAAUGCUGGCAGCAUCACAGGUACGUGCAGGCCAGGAAAAGCCCACAGCCUGUAGCAGGCACGCAGGGCAGGAGCACACUGUGUGCACCUGUGAGGAAAGGCACAGAGCGAUCGGUGUGAAGGCAGCACUUUGCCGUGCAGAAGAUUAAAUACAUAUCUGAGCAGUUUGCUGUUUGCAGGAGUGGUGCUUUACACUCAGGUUACGUAACCGAAAUAAGAACCUGGCCACAGAACGGGGGAAAUGAUUUGGUUUUGUGACUAGAGCUGUCUCUGUUCUGCUUCGCACAGGCCCAAGUGCCUGCAGUCGUGGUUCCUGAUAAGAUACCUGGCACGCCGUGAUAUUUGGAAUUGGGAUGCUGUUAGUAGGGCCAACCUUGUCCUGUGUCACCCGUUUUGUCAGGAAAUAAUCUCUGACCUUUACUUUUAAAGGAACUGUAAUGUGGGACAGACAGGUGCCUAGAAUUGAAAUGGGGAGAACACUGGGAGCCCAAUCCUGUUUGCAGCUGUUUACUUUGAGAAAGCUGCAUGUCUGAGUAAGAGCAGCAGAAUUUGGCCUUUGAUUUUUGAAGGUAAUUGCAACCAGUGUAUUGGGGAUGUGUCACCCACAUGAGGUCGAGCCAGAAUUCACUUAUUUACUUCCUUUAAUAUCUAUUGUUUUAAACUAGCUACCUACAUACCAAUAUGGAAACAACAGCAGAAUCUCCCCUGUCAAGACUACACUUGAGGUUCUGAAUUACAUAUAUAAUAAAGACUGUGCAUGCAUUUUCUGGCUGAGAACAAAGUUGUUAUGUUUCAGCCUCUAGCAAAAAUUUUCCCCAAGCCAUAGCCCCUCCACAAAAACACACAUUUUAAUGAAAGUCCUGACACCACCUUAAUUACAGUGCAGCAAACAUUACCACCAUAAUCCCAUUUCCUCCUUAGGCAAGGAGAGCAUCCCUAGGGGCCUGGCUGCCUUUCUUUACUAGUGACCAGUUUUUCACCAACUGCCUUUUCCCGAGUGCUUUGGGUUUGGGGUUUUUUUUUUUUUAAUUAUUUAUUUAACCUUUAAUGCACUGCUGUGAGGGAGAUGAGUGGGGAAGUGCUGAUGCUCAUCUUCCUUUGCUCCUUGCAGCCCUCCUGGUGCUCCCUGUAGCUCUUUGCCUGGAGAAGUGGAGGAUAUCCCCCGCACAGCCUGGUUUUCAGCAUCCCCGUAUCCUCCCUCCCUUUUGGAAGCCAGAACUUCAGGGUCAGACCCUUUGUACCUCAUCAAUUUCAUUCUGACUCUUUCCAGCAGCCCCUAAGCUCGCUGGUUUGUAUAUGCAUAUGUAUAUGCUAUAUGUAUAUGCUUUGUAUAUUCUCUGUCCAGAAACAACCCCACUGCUUUCCUGGUCUGCUGAACUUCCACAAGAUCCUUGCUUUGGAUCCAAUAAUACAAGGGGUAGCUGCUCUGCCAGUGGCAGUCCUAAUCCAAGUGGGUAAGGAUAGCUGUUUAAAAAAAAGAGCUGUAGGCAUGCUUGAGCAGCCUGCAGCAUGCCCAGCAGUAAUGCCUUCAUUUAGAGCAGCCUUGCAGUGUCUCCAGGCUUUCACAGUUUUUGAGUGGGUAAGUAAAAUGUGAUUAAUUUCUCAGUAAUGUAUUGAUUCAGUGAGUAGAUUUUUGUAUGUGGACUUAGUUAUUGAUUGGGCAAAUUUGCAAGGAUGUUUGAAGCUUGAAUCUUUUCCUACCAGAAAUAUGGUGAGAUAGAUAUGUAUAUAUAUACAUACAUAUAUAUAGGUAAACAAGGCAAUACUUGUGGUUCUUUUUUUCUCCUGCUUUCCUUAAACUGAAGCAAUAAAUGAGUAUGAUCAAAAGAGCUGGAAUAAUCAAUCUGUCCUUACACAGUUGAUCUGAGAGCCCUAAUUAAAGCCACAGAGGAAUUAAACAUAAGGUUUCUUGUUCUCUCUGCAACAUUGUCAAGUACAGUAUGCUCUUCUAUUAUGGAACUCAUACAGUUCUGAUGUACAGAGUAAAAUUCUGAAGGUGAAAUACUUUACCUACAAACAUUCCAAGGCCACGUAUCUGCUGGGAGGACAUCUCUGUUAUUCUGUUCCCUUCUAUUUAAGCUCUCAUAUGGCGUUAAUCACCAUGGUAUCGUACGGCUUUAUAAAAAUAUAGUGCACCAUAUGUGAUAAAUCAUUAGUAUCUUUAAGAAUGAAGAUGCUAGAUAAAAAUAUUUGUCACAAAUCUAAUGCUGAAGAUGUGCAUCUAUAGCCAUACCCAUACAUACAGCCUGAAUGAAAUAAGUGAAUGUAUUGAAUACCAGAGAUGGGGUCAGAAUCUUUCUUUAGGUGAUAACACUGCAUGCAGUCACUCUAUGUAUAGAGUUUGAAUGGCAUAUUCACUCCUUUCUUCCCUAACCCAUGCUGUAGUACACUAAAGCAAAGGGAAUACGUGCAAGCCACAUCCCUGUGCCCUGUGCUGUACCACACAGGAGUGCCUGCUUUGCAGUGCUCAAGGUCAGCAGUCAAAAGAAAAGAACUUGCUGAUAAAUUCAAAGGAAGCUUUUGCAUUUAUUGUCAAACGCUCACAUAGUUAAAAUCCAAACAUUAAGCAAGAUGAGGGACUGUACUUCUAUUGGAAGGAAUGCAGUAAAGUUGUUAUCCCCUCAAAUGGUCAUCUCACACAUUUUUGCAUGUUUUUCAUUUUCCUCUUAGUUUCAUCCAGAUCUGUUUCGUAUUUAUACUGUAAGUGUCAACACAUAAAUAAUUUUCUCUGUUGUAUCCCUUGCUACUAAGUAAUUUUCCUUGAUGGAGCAGCAGAAGUAAUUAUAUUUAUAAAUGGAAUGUCUGUUUUGCCUAAGUACCACAUCUAAUUCCCUUCUGUAAGGGGGAUUUCUAUAAUUCCUCCAAAAAUGUCUUGGCAAAGACCAACCCACCAGUUGGUAGCACGGACCCGGCCUUUAGGGACAGAACUCAGGGUUCCCAUUCCUUUGGCCAGCAGGCAGGAGGGCACCAUAGAAAAGAAUGCCCUGGUUUGUCUGAGAGAAUGGUGCUGAUGUUAAAUAUGUGCAGUUAUUAAGCAGCCUAGCACUGAGAGUUGCUUGCCACCUGUGGGUUUCGCUGUUCAGCGCAGGAUUAUUUUGGCAACUGAAGCAUUCUUCAUUGUGGAUGGCUGUGGGAAGAUAUUAAUCCCGCUCUUUGAGUAAGAUACACUCACUGAUCUAAUAGAUCUGUUCCACUUCUACUGUAUGAUAUUGUGAAAGGAAAUCAAACAAGUCCUAAGUAAAAGGAUGAGUAAUCUCGCGUCCUUCUUAUCUGCUUUCUACAUUCUUUUUCAGCCUUUUUCUGCAGACGAGCUGAGUUGUCCCUUGCUUUACAGGAGUAGAAUGGAGGGAGAUCUGUUGUGAAUUCUGCAUUAAGGACAGUUCAGUUUUUCAUCUCUGGGUGCUCCUUGAGAAAACCUGAAUCAGAAUCAUUGUAUGGGGAUGGUGGAUCCUGGCCGUGAAUAGUUCACAGCCUGCUCACUGAUGGAACAGAGACAGGCCUCAUAGAACUUAUCUGCACUGCAGGAGGAUGAAAGCAUCAUUUUCUUACUGGGUUCUCCAAAUCUAGUGAAUAUUCCUGUACAUUGUUUUCUUUAUUCUUAUCUCAGUAAGUGCUUUCAGUAAGGGUGUGUCCAGGGUAUCUAUUAAGCAGUCAGACAUUAUGUUCCUACAGAUGUGGCAAACAUGAAGAAGGUUUUACCAGAGGGCUGGAAACUGGUGCACUGCGUGGUUUGGGAGCUGCAAAUGCAGGGAUCUCUAUGACAUGUAUAAUGUGAGGUGAGAGGUCCUUGGCAUGCAGCGUGGUGGAAAGAAUGCCUAAACUUCUCGUCUCAUGGACCCUGCAGCAGGACUAGCAUUUCCAUGGGUAGCAGUUCCUCAACUGCCAGAGCUCCCAGCACCCAGCUCUCACCAAAACCACAGUGAGAUCAGAAGUCGGCACAUGCUGCUCCUGAAGCUCAGCAGCUCCUAGGCUGGUAUCUUUAACAUACAGCAGUUCAAACUAGCAGGGUAGGUGCUUUGAACCAGCUAGCAGCAUCGUCCCAGCAGUGUGAGCCCACAAUCCAUCAGGCUGAGUAUGCUCCUGGUGCUUUGUUCCAGUGCUCCAUGGCCCUACUCUUGCCCUCCCACUAUGUCUGGCUUUGCUGCUCUGAAGCUGCGUGUGAGUGAGCUGCAGCCUCUGAAGUGCAGACAAACCAAGGUCCCUUUCCCACUUGAUGGUACAUUUAAUCAGAGGCAUCUCACAAGAUUUGGACUAUAGUAUUUCCUCCUCUCUGUGUACUCUUGCUAAGUGCUCAUGUUUAUUUAAGAUGUAACUUUAUGAGCGGUUUUCCUUUAUCUCAGUAAUUCAUAUACACAGUACAAAUUCUGUCUGUCUCUUCAGCUUUUGCAUUCAGCUGCUUUGACUGAUCUAGCACUGCUGAUUUACCAGCUUGUCUGAAAAGAAGGAAGAUUGAUGUUGGCGCAAGUAAAAUACUGAGAUGCCUAUGGAGUUUUCUUGCCCUAGAUUUUUGGAUUGCUAUUUAUUUAAAAUGUAGGCAGAACUCUGACUUUAGAUUUUCAGGAAUGCUUGCCUUAUGUCAGUGUUUCUAAUUCUUUGAGUCAAGUCAUUGUGGUUAGCCAAUCUUGUUUUCUGUCUCUGUGGUAAGAUUUUAAAUCCAGAGGGCUAACCUCAAUGCUCCCCCAAGAAAGGAGGCUGUGAUGACGAUGCAUUUCCUUCUUUGACCUCUGCAGUAGGGCUUUAAAGAAAGAUGGAAUCUGUCAAAUUAGGCUGAGCGCCAGGUCACCUGCAUGAGAAUGAAAGGGUCAAACCCUGCUCCUCUAGCAAUAUAUGAAGCAAAAAUAUACUGGAACAUUUUUAAAGCUAAUUUAUCUUUAAAUACUGCUUUUUACUAAAUGUGGACUCUAUGAACUGUAAGAUUCUGUUGUGCUUGUGUGCAUCACAUGGCUCUGCGACACUUCAGAGCAAACUUGAGGCUAUUGGGAUCUUUGAAUUCUGCAUUUCUCUGCAUAUAUACCUAUCUUGAAGUUCCUGACUUGGUAAUGUUUGGAGGGGAUAAAUAUGAUAUAAAUAAAUAUGAGCAGUGUCCCUCAGGGGUCGGUCAUGGGACCGGUGCUCUUCAACAUCUUCAUCAAUGACAGAUGAUGGCAUCGAGUACACCCUCAGCAAAUUUGCAGAUGACACAAAGCUGAGUGCUGCAGUAGAUAUGUUGGAGGGAAGGGAAGCCAUCCAGAGGGACCUGGACAGGCUGGAGAAGUGAGCCCAUGAAAACCUAAUGAGGUUCAAUAAGGCCAAGUGCAGGGUGCUGCACUUGGGUUGGGGCAAUCCCAGGUAUUUAUACAGACUGGGGGAAGAUCUUCAGAGCAGCACUGCGGAGAGAUGACAAGCUGGACAAGAGUCAGCAGUGUGUGCUUGCAGCCUCUCCUAUGAGGAAAGGUUGAGAGAACUGGGCUUGUUUAGUUUGGAAAAGAGGAGGCUCUGGGGAGACCUCAUUGUGGCCUUCCAGUACUUGAAGGGAGCGUAUAAACAGGAGGGGGAACAGCUGUUCACAAGGGUAGACAGUGAUAGAACAGAGGGGAAUGGUCUUAAACUGAGACAGGGGAAGUUUAGGUUAGAUAUUAGGAGGAAGUUUUUCACAUAGAGGGUGGUGACGCACUGGAACAGGUUGCCCAAGGAGGUUGUGGGUGCCCCAUCCCUGGAGACAUUCAAGGCCAGGCUGGAUGUGGUUCUGGGCAGUGCGGUGCGGACAGAUGCAGACUCCCUGCACUUCUUCCUUAUUAGCAACGUAAUCACCCAUGAUCUAAAGAACCAGUUGGAUUGGAGCCUGUUUAAUGAGUGGACGAUGGGAGGACUGCUGGGUACACAAUGCCCUCUGACUGGAAAAUGUGAAACUCUCAAAGUCAAAUCAAAAUAAAAGCAUAAUUUGGAAGCUCACGUUAAUAGUGAAGGAACGGAUGACCACUUUAUCACCAAUGCCACUUCGGAAUUACUUAAGACUGACCUGAAUUCUGGAUCUGGCUGGUCUGUUGAUCUAUGAUCAUAAUGAUCCUUUAAUUACUUGGCUUAAUUACAGCUAAUUUAUUCUAGUGACAGGUUUACCUAUAUGUAUUUCUAGGUUUCCAUGUUAUUCUUCACUGCGAUAAUUCUGAGACAUAAAAGAUACAGCAAGCCAUGCCUUCUAAACACCCACUUAGAAGUCACAAAGCAUGUUGACCUUUAUGGGUAAAUUUUCAAUAAAAUAUUCUUCAAUCAGGCGGUAAAUAUUAUAGCCAUGAGAAAUAUCCUGCAUUCUUCACACACACACACAGCCGGGGACUGGAAUCACUCUCGACACCGUUUCAGCUGUGCACUUAUGACCUGUACUUCCAUAAUACCUCUUGGCUGUGAUAUUAGUGCUGGGUGUACCAUCGGUGUACACCUACCUUUUCAUGUCAGCUCUGAUAGAAAGAUGCAGUUAGCAGACGGCAUCAGGUAUUAAUGCAGAAGUGACCUUUUAAUGUCACGCAUAGGUAUAUGAAGAAAGAACUGCCACUGAAAACUUCUGAUUAAAGAUAAAAGUAGACAGCCUAUAAAAACAUUAAGAUAAAAAGUAAAGCCAUGUGCCCUGAGUUUCCCCUGCUAUCCCACCUCCUACUCUAAAUUGAUGUUGUCAGCACUCAUGAUUUUAUCUCCAAUCUUGUGAUGUUUGAUGUUUCACUUGCACUCCAGCUACUAGAGUUGUGUAAUGAGGUUAGAAGCCCAGCUUUCCUUUUUCUUUAAAUUAAAGUCAGUUUCUAGUCCUAAUGGUUAGAGUAUAAAGCUUGCAAAUGUGACCCAGGUGCACCCUAACAGCUCAAAAUCCAGGAAGCAAAGUAAAAGAUCUUCACGUUUAUCAUUUUACAGACAGACUUAUGAUUUUGAGGGCCAAACUGUAGUUUUUUGAACAUUUGGAGAUGGCAAUGGAGCUCAAAAAAGAAAAAAAAAAAAAAAAAAAGCAUCUGAAUGAAGUACCACAAUAUGUUACAUUUUCCAGAGAAGCAUAGUAGUCAUUAUAUCGAGAAUGAAAAUUCUUUUAUCAGACAUACAUGUUUUCCUAUUUACUUUGGUAUGCAGCAUACCUGAGUUCAGCCCCACACUGCCUGGGAUGGAGGGGGUUGUAUUUAAUAAUGCUUAUUGCAGUGAUCCAGCAAGAAACUAGAAACACCCUGCCUUGCCAGUCCUGAAACAAAGGAGCACACCAACCAACCAAUUAGAAACGUGUAAAUGCAAUGUCUAAAAUGCUUGGGUUGGCUUAAGAAGCUCCAGAAGUACCAAGCACAGGUUUUAAUGAACAGAUCAGAAAUAUUCAGCUGUUUUUGUUGUUUGUUUUUUUCUUAAACCAUGCUUGAGGCAGCAACAACCAGACUCGAAGAAGGCACAGCGUUUAAAUGGAGCUCCAAGUUAAUGGAGACUUGGGGUCACAAAAUCAAUGGAGUCACAAAAAAUGGGAAUUAUAUCUAGAACUGGGGAGGUAUGCAAAGCACUGAGUGCAGCUGGAGUGCUGUAUGGGUGCAUUGGCUAGAAGUUCUCUGUAUCCUCGGAUGGGUGGUCCUAGAGGUCCCUCACAGCUUGCUCUAAAUUACUGUGUAAUUCAUUAUGGAAGUGAAAAAAUUACAGGUAAGUGUUAGGCAUUGUGGUGAAGUGUACUUGCCAGUAAAAGCUGGAGGACUCUGAGACUCAGCGACUACGUUAGUAAGUAGAAUACGUGGGAAUGUUGUUUCACCAAUAUAAACACAUAUGACAAACUACAAUUUAGUAAUAUAUUAAAAUAAGUAGUAUGUAAUUCUGAACUAAACAAGCUCAUGUGAACCUAUACUGACUGUGAAUAAUUUUGAUCUUGAAUUCAGAAGAAAGCUGAAGAAAUCAUUUCUGAAUCUCAAUCACUUUGCUGAGACCAAAGAGCAGGUAUGUUUUGGGGUGAGUUAGUUUGUUUUGCAUCAUGACCCACCUUAUUUAGGGCUGUGGAGUUAGAUCUUUUAUCGAUAUAUUGAAGAACUGUAGAAAAUCUCUGUCUUGCAAGAGGUAUUUUCUUCAGCCUUUUAAAGAACUUAAAAAAAAGAACUUAAAAAUGUAGAAUGAAAAUGUACCUUGAGGAAGUGCAAGCCAUUGGAAGGGUGUGCAUCUUUCUUAUGUUGGUUUCUGUGAAGAGGAAACUGAACUUUCUGCUCAUGCUCUCCCUCUUUAUAAUCUUUUUUUGUUUGUUUGUUUCCUUCUAGCUCUGUUCUCUCUGAUUGCUUUCAAGUAUACCCAAAUCAUCAACCCUGAAUUGAAAUGAAAUGUCUCUUAUUCUCAUCUGUGCAGACUUCUGCUGUUCUGAUAUCAGUCAGUUGUACUUCUUAGAUUUUAAAUGAGUAAAUUUGGAAAGAUUUCUCCACACUGUGUUCAUUCUUCCACAUCAGUCUGUGGCAGGACUUCUACUGCCGAACAACGUAAUGCUAAUAAUGGGAAGUGUAUGAACUCAUUGCAGUACAGCUCUGAGUAGAUAAAGCUGCUUUCAAGCCAUCGAUUUGACUUUGAAAUUCCACCACAUGCAAAUUAAAAUGCUAGAAUUGUCGUUCUGUGAGUUUAUCUCCUCUUCUGCCUCCUAAGCAUUAAUUAUUGUGGUCCUGACACUCUGUUCUGCCCUCUUCUUCUCUGUCCUCCUCCCCCUUUCCCACUGUUACUCCCAAUGGCUGGGAAGUCUUCCCAGUACAACAAUCCAGUUCAUCUCCCAAUAAGGGCCAUCAGCCAACACAUUCUGGGCCUAAAUUCAUCUCAUAAAUAUCGGUACAGACUUAAAUAAAUGCAAUCCCUCAGCUAAUGUACUAGAUUUCAAUGGAAUUACAUGGGGAAUUAAUUUUCCUCUGCCUGUAGUCUGUAAAACAAUAAAAUAGGGAAAUGCUUAGAGGCUAUGGAUUGGAUUUCCAAACUGGUUGAAAGGCUGGCUCUCCCAUGUCACCAUUAAUGUAGACAUCAAGAUACUCUUGAUGGACUCAUCCUUUCUAUACAAACAUAUAACCUAUUAGGCCUCAUUGAAGACAUGAGCACCUCAAGUUGGCAGAAUUGUCAAGAGUCAGCCAGCAGUGCCUUACAGUUAUCUGUUACACAUAAUGGCAUCUGUUUCAGGAUGUGUGUAAUUUCUGCUACAUGUGAUGACACCUGUUGGUCUGUGUUCAUCCAUUUAAUAGCAAUACUUAGCAUUUAUGUAGCACUUCACAAAGAAGCGUGCAAAAGCAGUUGCAGGAAUUAAGAUGGUGAUGUCCAGCAGGGUAUGUAUCAUUCAUCUGACAUGCACUGGAGCAUGUAAUAUUUUGUUAACUCUUAUGUGCCUUGUGACUUGUUCUACUACCAAAAUGCCAAAAUGAAAAGCGGAGUAUCAGGAUAUUCUAGCACACCUGUUCUUCCACCUAGUAGAGUGGAAGGGCACACCAGUAAUGAAUCCACGAUGAACUUUUCAGCUAAAACUUCAUUUAUUUUUUUAAUUUAUUUUAUUCUUUCGUUUCCCAUCCUUUUGGUCUGCAUACUGUACCUUGUUCUCUUUCUUUAUCAUGUUUCCCCAUUGCCAUUGGUUCCUCUGGUUCCCAUUCAUUGCCCUCAGAAGGAUCCCUCCACAUCGUUCAUAAUUUCUCUCCCUCACUUCCUCUGCUCAUCCCGAGAUCUCAGACAGCAGUGGCUGAAGCAAUAGUCUGCUGAAAGAGCAAACCAUUUUCUGCACAAAAUGUAGAGAAACACUACAGAUUGUUCUUUUGUUUUCUUUCUUAAUGGAGAAACAGAAAAUGUAUAGCCAGUUGAUAACAGUAAAUCUGUAGCUGAAUGUCAUCUUGCUGCAAGAAGUAUCAUAAAUAUAAGGUACCUAUAGGCGCCUUAUGUUUAUGAUCUGAGCAAAGUCUUCCUUAACUGUUAGUAUUCUCAGUUCCGUAUUUAUGUAUUGAUGAUGCCUGUAGGAAAACGCAGACAGUCCAGAUCUGUGCAUUAAUGAAAUGAAUGGAUUUUUACUGUGAAAUAUAUAAACAUGUGUAUAUAUAUACAUAUAUAUAUAUAUAUAUAUAUGAACUCUUCCAGAAUGGGCAGCAUACAAAUUGCAGUCAUUUGCAUGCUGAUUGCUAUCUUGAUACAACGGAAUCUGUCCUAGAGCCCUUUGCUGACUGCUCAUGAAUCAACCAGGUCUGUUAUCACAGUGCAGAGUGUUUGAACAGAAGUAUUUCCAUUUCACAUUAUUUUCUAGCUGCUUUCUGAAAAUAGAAGUAAGAAUACAAUAGCUGGGACUCCUUAUAAAAUCUUACAAUAUAAGUUCAGGGAUAUUCACCAUUGGCCUUGAUGGAGCUUUCACACAUCCUUGAAAGGGAUUCAUUAAGCUGGAAAAGCUGGCUGGAAACCAGUCUUCCUAUAAUGUCUUCCAUAAUUUGCUUCAAGGGACACAUUUACAGUCACUCAGCCUUUUUUAUAGAUCUUGUGCAAGACGAAGGGCUGGGUCACAAUUGCAAGACUUUAAUGAAUAGAUGUUUCUUGCAUGCCACAACCAAAACAAUUUUUCAAGCAACUCAGCACAGUGCAGUAUUUCAAUAUGGACUUUCCCAAGGAUGUGCAAUGGGAUGAUAGUUGCAACCUCUGCAUUCAGAAUGGCCACUUUUUUUCAGCUGCUCCUUCUUCAAUGCUGAUCCCUUCAGAUGCAGAAAGAAAACAUCCAGCAACCAUAAUUUCUACUCCUGAUUUUUCUUCAAGGAGCUGAAGAUUUCAGCUAUUUCCUUUUAACCACAUCAACCACUGUACAGGUUUGCAUGGAAACAGAUUGAGGUGUAAAGACUCCUCCAAUUAAUAAAACAUCAUUGAAACUUAUCUAUUAGGUAUAGCCAGAUCUCAGAGUGACAUUCUGCUUGUCAAAGUAGUGCUAAGAUCUGCUUCAUGAAGUCAGUUUAAUUUAUGAGAAUGAUCUCUCAUUCCCAUUCCACCAAACGCUACCGAUGGACUUACCGGUUAGAGAUGGAACAAAAACGAGACGGCUUUUUGGGUUUGGAUUUCAUUAGAAUUUUAAAAUGGGGAAGUAGAUUUGCCUGCUGGCCUUUGAUUAACAAAUACGAAUUCAGCCAGAAACGUUUUCUCUGAAGGUAGCCCAAUUAAGAACAGCUUCCUUCCGAGUUCCCCUUGUCUGUCUGUGAAAACUGGGCACGCUGGCACUGGGCUUUUUUUUCUGGACAUUUUCCACCUGGUCACAAACAUUGGAAGUCCUGUCUUAGCAGGGUAAGCCAAGUAGCUGUUGCACAAAGGAACACUGAAUGCAUUUAUGUAAUGCAACAGAGACAGCCUUGAAUCACCAUAUUGAUAUACAAAGGAUCAGAUAGUAAACUUUUUAUUAGCAGCCAGGAAUUUCUUUUGAAAAUGAUUCUUUUUCUUUGACAUCCCUACAUAUGUGCUGAAGGAUGCUGGUACAGUUUCUUCCUAUCAAGACGGGAUAUAAUGUGUGACUGUGUUCUAGAAAAGUGUUACUUUUUUUUUUACAGAUUUAUAAUUUUUUAAUGUCAGACCACCAUAAAGCUUUCAAGCAAGAGCUGCUGGCCAAAAUUACAUGAGGAAAGUGCACGUUAUGCUCCAUUUCCCUCCGGGAAAGGAGGUAAACGCAGGCAAUCUGGACUGGGAGGGCCAGAACAGAGGUAAGGAGGCUCUUGCUGAGUUUCUGCUGGCGGUCGGUACUCCCAUGUCUUCCCAAGAUGGAAAUACAAAAGGAGCAAUACAAAAUAGCAAAGAAAGGAUAUUGUAUUCUGCUGAAUACCAGCUACUCUGGGGACUGGGCAGCACUGUGUGGUCAUUGCAUCCUGAAAGGGGGAAGGAGACAGCGUCCACGAAUGGGGGAACAAUAUUGAUGUUGAAUUAACACCGCUGGCAGACAUAUGUGGUAGGCAGGGCUGGUGGAUACUGUUCAUCAACUGCAUGGAAAAGCAAUGCACUGUAACACUCUCUGGCAUUUUGAAAUAGUUGUAAAGUCUGUGCAGCACAACCUGAAACUAUUAUUAUCUGAUUAGUCACAGUGCUGCUAAUUGCAACAGUCACCUUAUACCAAGGAAGCUAGUUUAAGGAACUGAGCUUGGGAUAAAGACCACCUAAUUUAGGUCCUCAUUAGUCAUUGCAAUAGCUAAAAUUAGGUGACUGACUCCAGCAGGACAAGCCAAGUCACUCCUUAUACACUUACUCUUCAUUUACAAGAGUGAAUCAAAAAGCCAUACGGCUUUCCUGGAUGAAGGCAGUGUUGGUGGGAUUUAACUGCUGCUAAAUGCUGCAUUUGCAUUUGCUUCUCUCCCUGAAGCUCCAGCCCUUGCCCCAGGGCUGUCCUGUGGGAACUGCUGUCCUGAGCUUUUGGAAGCUCUUCUCUUUGGUGCCAAACCCAGCUGAGCUCACUCUGCUAAGAAAAAAGCAGAGGCACCAGGCUGAGCAGAGCCCACUGUAUGCCUUUCCUGCUUCCUGAGCACGUGUCCAGAAGGCUCUGAGAGAGAUGGGAAGGGAUUUUGCCUUCAUCACAGUGUUUCUGUCAGCAUGUGUCAGAAUCUUCUGAGUCUGUCCUUGCAGUGAUCCAUCAAGUGACUGGUAGGGUUUGGCCUAAGUGUAGGUUGCGGGAGUGUAGUUCCUGAAGGGAGAGUAGAAAGAGGACAGAACCAGGCUCCUGUCAGUGGUGCCCAGUGCCUGGACAGAGGCAGUGGGCACAAACAAGAGGUUCCCCUGAACACCAGGCAGCACCACAGUGCUGUGCUGGUGAUGCACUCUGGCACAAGGACCCAGAGACUGCAGGCUCUCCUCCUUGGAGAUGUCCAGGAGCUGCCAGGAUGUGGGGCUGGGCUCUCUGCUCUGGGUGGCCCUGGCGGGGCAGGGUGAGACCAGAGGCACCCAGAGCUCCCGCUAGCUUCAGCCAGUUGGAGUUCUAUGACUGUGAUUCCCCGAUUCUGUGGUUCUGUGAUGCUGUGACCACCUGGCCUUCCAGCUGAACAGAAGGUCCCCUUGGGGCUGACAGUGACAGCAGUCAGGCAGCACUCCCUUUGGCACCCCUGAACUGAGAUGCCUCAAUCCAGAGGAUCAGGAGCACAGAUUACACCAAGCACCUUCCUGAAAUACCAGUCAGUGCACGAAUUGCUUCUGCCCACAGGCAGCAUUGUGUGGCUUGGUGUCAGAAGGAAGCAGAUCAGGUGUUUCCUUGUGUGCACCGAAGUAGUAUCUGCUGCCCAAGAUGCUGACAGGGACAUCUGAGGUCACCCAGUUCAGCCUGCAGACAAACAUGAUGUCAUCUCUAUCAGUGUAUGAGCAAACCCCCAUUCUAAAAGCAGUUCUGCUUGCUUUCCUUUCUCUCUCCACUUGUUUUGCUCUCCCAUCCUCCUGCAGUGGGGUUUUGUCCACCCUUUCUUUUUCAUUUUUCAGCCUGUGUUUAUUCCAGGCCAGUUUUGCCUGUUAUACUCUCAUGUCUAGCUUUUGUCUCCACAAUUUGCUUCCUGAUGGGUGAAAAUGAAGAUGGAGUCCACAAGAGAAAAGUUUGAUAUCGCCAUUUUUGUGCACAUGAAAUACUCAGCUCUUUGUGCUUGAUUAGACAAUUUUGAGAUGCAGGCAAAUGAUAAUUACAUUGGUCACAAAACAUUUAACUGAAAAUCUGAAGUAGCCAUUAGAAAGAAAACCCUUCUAGAACACGAACUUUUUCUUUUAUUAAACAAUUUAUAAUUUGGUCAUACAGUGCUCGAAGAUGCUUACAGCUGAAUUUUAAAGUGUGCCGAUUUCACUUAGUGUCACUUUACAUUCUGUGGGUUGGAAGAUCUGCAAAGCCUUUCGCCAGGCAGAGAGAAGUGCCCUGGAUCCUCCCGGCUGUACCAGAGAAGCCUGAGCUGCUACCCGCAGCAUCCCUCACCACCACCCCGGCAUCUUUGUGCUCUUCAUCUCCAUCACGUCAGCCUGGAGACAUGAUGUGAAGCCAGUUUUGUAAAGGAGGUGGAACAGAACAGCAUGGGCUUGGGAGCGGGACGGCGAGAGUAGCGAAAUGUUCGCUCACUGAGUGCAGGUGACUGGUUAGGAGGAAGUGCGAACAUUUGCUGGCUCGCCUGGCACAACAGAGCACUUCGAACAGCCUUCCCUUGUGAUACAUUUGAGGCAAUUUUAUUUGGAAUUUCUGUCCAAGUAACAUUUUAAACUUUUUUUUUUUUUUUUUGGAUCAAAUUAACAUAUUGGUCUUUGGGACGUUCUGCUCAAUGCUGUAAGACUGCUUCCUCUUCCUGCCCUUCCUCAGUGCUCAUAGAAUCAUGGAAUCAUAGAAUCACCAAGGUUGGAAAAGACCCACAGGACCACCCAGUCCAACCAUCCACCCAUCACCAAUGGUUCUCACUAAACCAUGUCCCUCAGCACAACGUCCAAACCUUCCUUGAACACCUCCAGGGUCGGUGACUCCACCACCUCUCUGGGCAGCCCAUUCCAGUGCCUGACCACCCUUUCAGAGAAGUAGUAUUUCCUAACGUCCAGCCUGAACCUUCCCUGGUGCAGCUUGAAGCCAUUCCCUCUAGUCCUAUCACUAGUCACACGAGAACUCAGCUCACACCCGCCGGCUACACAACAUAAAAACUGGAUAGGUGUAAUCAGCAUUACAGAUACUAAUUCGCAAUGGGACAAAACCCAUUUGAAUUUGUGCAUAUGCAUCAGCAGCACUACCUAUAUUGAUCCACAAGGAAUGAAACCGAUUUGCAGAUAGGUGCAUGCAUCUGAAUUGUGAGCAGCCAUUUGGAGGUCUCGACUCAUGGUCUGCCCUCUGCAGCCAGGUCUGCAGGCCAACACUGUAAGCAGUUCCUUCCAUAUGUUUGUGCCCUGGGCACACCAACAGCCUCUGCAGACCCCAACCAGCCCUGGGCAUUGGCUGUGGGUGCUGCUGGCUCCCUGCACUGGGUGCAAUGUGGGCUCCCAGGGUGGGGGCACAAAAUGUAUUCCUCAUCUUGAGCAUUAGCAGCUCCUGAGCAGGCACCUGAGCACCAGGGUAAUGCAUCUUCCUGCAUAUUAGUACUUCACUUCAUCACAUGCAAGCUCUUUUCUUCACCUCUGUUCCUCCAGAUGGAUGACUGUUUGGGGAUGGAAGGCUUUUUUCCCCUUUAGCUGGACCAAGGCCAUCCAGCGGAGUGAGCAGCAGGAGGUUUUGAAAGAGAGAUACUGCUAGCACUGUUUCCACAUACCCGAAGACUGAUCUUUAUGCAGCUGAGACUACAAGGGAUAUCCCUUAAAAUAAAGGGCAGCUUAUUACCCAUCUUCUCCAACUCCUGUGGAACGAAAUAUCCUAAAGUUGAGAGAAGCUGCUGCACAAAGCUUCUUUAUAGCUCUCAGUGUGCCUCCUUUGCUGGCUCCAGCUGCCCCUACGCUCUGUUUUUCCUCAGCCUUUUCUUCAAUAUUUUUUCCAGUUGACUUAGUUAUUACAGUACACGGACCAGAGCGAGGAAAAUACCCUGAAGGUGGGAGCUGGCAGAGCGGGGGGUGGCAAUGGAAGCGCUGUUGCCAUCCCAUGACAUCACCUGCGCGGCCAUUGGUGGCACUGCGGUGCGGGGAGGCACUGGCCGGCAUCCCCGGGCUCACUUCCGUGACACAGAACAGAGCCGGGGCCUGUCUGCUGCCAGCCCCUUUCAGUGCCAGCCUGCUGGCAGAGCUCGGGACAUUUGUAAAAACAGUACAGUACUUUAUUUAGCCUCUAGUGAGAAAAAGUCACUUCACAGCUCCGGUUUAGGCACAAGGCGCUAACAAGCAGAUUGGAAAAAAAAAAAUAAUCCCUUGCUUAAAAACGUUUCAAAUGAAAAUCAGUUUGUAUGCCAGAUGACCUCGUGGAUCUGGAGAUUGAGCCGUGCCUUUUAUCUCCAAAGAAAUGGGUUCGGAUCCUGAUUAGCCCAUAGAGGAAAUUCCAUUUAAUGGUCUAAUUUUGGUGAGCUGAAAAGCUGUUCCCUGCCUAGAACCGCCAUCUAUUAUGGGGUGAUUGGCAGUCUGUGUUCGAGGCAGAACAAGAACGUCACCUCGGCUCUACUCCUAUUACUUCAUCCUGCCAUCAGCUCUCAGCACCUAACCUCCACUUCCAGAGAGCCUGAGAAAACAGGCAGGAUUCACGGUGAAAGUGGAGUUGUGCAGCUGUGCCUGGACAGAGCGGAGCGGGCACAUGGCUAAGAGAGACUGCGGAGGUGCCAAGGGGAGACCUGGAGAAUGGGACAGGAGGGCCUGAGAAAGCAAGAAAUACACUGAUGGAGCAAUGUUUCCAUGGGGCAAAAUGGAAAGGGGAAAAAUGAGGAAUGAGGAUGGACAGGGAAAGGAUGUCUGUGUGAAAAGUGGGAUUAGGCAUAGCCAGAGUUGAAGGCAAUGAACCAAAAUGAGUGUAACUCCACCUAGAUGUCAGGUGUAAGAGGGAGAAUCUCAGGGUUGGCUCCUGGAAUGUCUCACUGUGUCUGACGGUUCUGGUUGGCACAGACAUGUCCUGAAUCAUAGAAUCAUAGAAUGGCUUAAGUUGGAAGAGACCUUAAAGAUCAUCCAGCUCCAACCUCCCUGCCAGGACAGGGCUGCCCCCCACCAGAUCAGGGCCCAGGGUGCCAUCCAACCUGGCCUUGAGCACCACCAGGGAUGGGGCGUCCACAACAGUCCUCAGCUGGUGCUAAAUAUUUUGCGUUCAAGGUAUCUUAGCAUGGUUUUCCUAAGUCUUAAUUCCUUGGAGCAUGAACCACUUCUGCAGGGGAGCAGAGGAUAUGCAGGACUGGUCAGCAGCCAGUUCACUUCUCCACCACGUCUUUGAAGGAAACAGAGUAAGAAAAGAACUACGCACCUCCAGCCUAAUCGAUAGAGUACCUCCAUGUUGUUGGGUUGUAUUGCUCCUACCAGCAUAAGCAUGUUCCUGGUGGCCUGCUGGGCUUUCUCUACAGACAUUAAAUGGAGAAAGGAAUUAGAAUUUUGUACUGCGACACUAAUCAGCCUCAUGACCCUGUUUUGUGCAAUGCUGUGAGCAGAUAGAUAAGAAAAUAUUAUCACUUCAAGGUGGUUGCAGCAGUGGGUGAAAACCUAUCAGCGGUGGGAAUGAAGGUAUUGCUGCUAGGAUGGCAUUUCAGCUUUCAGCCUUUCCUUAGUCACCUUGGCUGUCACAGCAGUGAAUGUGCUCAUAAAAUAAUCUCUGUUUGGGUGGUCUUCCUUGGAACAAUAAAAUGUGCAUUUGGGAUGGCACUGAUACUUGGAAAAAACGCUAUAAAACCAGCAUGGCAAUUAAGUGCAAAGUACUGCCUUUGGGGAGGAGAAAUGCCAGAAGGGGACCUCCUGCCUGGGCAGCAGCAUAGCAAGGUGGGGUUGGAGCUCCAGGUGGGCUGAAGGCUGAACACAAGGGCAGGGUGGGAUGUCCUUUUCUGGCUGCAGUUCUCCAACAGCGAAAGCUGCUCUCCACAAUCCCAUUGCUUCAUCAUCUCCUCCCACCUGAGGCUUUGGCUUCUUCACACACCCCUCAGCCUUAGCCGGGUGUGUUAGAUGGAAGGCGAGAAGAGACCUGCUGUCUGUACUGCUGACUGUUGGGGAGGGGUUGGCCGGCGACGGCGCUGGCUGACCUGGGAGGGGAGAGAAGGCAGCUGGGGGUGGUGAUAAGCAGCUGGAGCGGGUGAGAAGAAAUAAACUUUUCACCCAGCUCAGCUGCAGCCAGAACAGGAUGUGUGGCUGCAACCUAAGACAUAGGAGAUAAUUAUUCUACUCCACUUGGCACCGGUAAGGCCUCAGCUGGAAUACGGUGUCCAGUUCUGGGCACUGCACUGUAAGAAAAAUGUAGACAAACUGGAGAGAGUCCAGGAGAGAGACACUGGAAAUAUCAGAGGCACAGAAAGAACGACCUAGGAGGAAAUGUUGAAAGGAUUGUUUGUUUAGUCUGGGAACAGCAGAGUCUAAAGAAGUGAUGAUAAAAAUCUUGCAAUAUGUUAAAGUUUAUUGUAAGGAGGAGAGUGAUAGAUCUUUCCCCACGGCUGCUGCAGGACAGGGAAAGAAGGAAGCAGCUUCAUUUGCAGCUAAGAAAACUGAGAUUAAGAGAAACUUUCUAGACAGGAGGGCAACGCGGUCAAGCUGCUAGGGAAUGCAUGGAUCUUGUUAAAUUACAUAGUAAGUGUGUUCUAUUUUAUUAACAAACAUUGGAAGAAUAAGGAUGUUUUGUUGUUGUUGUUGUUGUUUGUUUGAAUGAUUAUUUUGGGCUAAAGCCUGGGACUGGACUUCUACAUGUCCACAGCACAGUCAUGUCGGUGCACAUGCAAGAAAUUGCUCUUGGGCUUCAUGCUCACUCUUCUUCUGGAUCAGUGUGCACAAAACGCAGCAUCUUGUGACUGAUCUCUUAUUGCAAGGUCUCUACGUAUUGCUGCAAUACAAAUAGGCCAUCGUGUAACACAACAGUUUGUAUAAAAUCCUAUGAAUACAUGAAUAACUUUGUCUUAUGAUUCCAUUUUUGGCUGUGCUGUAUUUUUUCCCUUGCAGGUUCGUAUCACAUAUCUCUAAUCCCUUCUUUGUAGAUUUGCCGUAUGUGCACAGCUAGAGAUAUAUCCACCGAUAGCUGUUAAUCCUUUGAGUGUUUUUACAUUACACAGCAUAUGUCCAGUGAAAGUUCUGCUGUGUGGUUUAAGGAUAUUCACUGAUUCUCCAGCAACUGCAAACAGAAUACUGCACCAUCCCAGGAAGCCCUCAGGCUGUGAAUUGGGUUUUCUUCUUCAGAAGAGACUCAGAGGACCUCCUAAUAUUUCCAGAAGUUCAGACUAAUGUGCGUUGCAAACUCAGAAAAGAAAUGGAAGGAGGGUCAGGGAGGUUGGAUGUGAAGGUAGGAAGCCAGCCCACUAAGGUCCCACACUGCGUAUUGGGCUCAUCUGAGAUAUUGCAGAGGUCAAAAUCUAUGGCUGUAGCUGUCCAAAGCAUUUAUUGACACUUAUGACAGAAUAUGGAUUUUUUUCUCGUGAAGUAAAAUCUUUUAGUGAAUGUAUUUGUUACAGAAUGCACUUUCAAUUCUUAGUCUCCUUGGAUUUUGAAGUGUAACUAUAGAUAUGAGUGUUUGGGAUUUUCUGCUGUUCGGUUUUGGUUCAGUCGCAAAAUGUUAGAGGUGUUUUAUUAGUUCCCAGUGUAUGUACCCAACCUUCGUUCCACCUGUACAAGAACACUAACAAAAAACAUAAGGUAGUGAAUACAACGAGGUCAUGGGUACUUUAAACAUUCUGAAGAUGAAUGGCAUUAAGCCUAUAUCACCUUUGGAGUGUAUACUCAUCGGAGUACUAGAGCAGUACAAACUAGUAAAACAAAACAGCCAGUUAAGCGAGGUUACAGCUGCUUUGCUUUCCACAAAAGCACAGAGUACCCACAUAAAAAUAAUAAUUCAUUAUUAUAUGAAUUAUUAUUUUUAUGGUUCUUCAUAGAAGGUAGGUGUCUACAGCAUCUACUGUGAAGAACCAGGAUGUGGUCAGCCUUGUCUGUUGAAAUGAGGUGAGAGAGAAAACCAUAUCUCAUCAAUUUCUCUUGGUUGCUUUGCAGGGCAUUGGGAUGCUCCCACAUAUUCCUGUUAGAGCUGUAGCAUUAUUGAAGUUUUACUGGGAUAGGAAGGAAAAAUGGGAAACGUAGAAUCAUAAAAUCACGAGGUUGGAAAGGACCUGCAAGAUCAUCUAGUCCAACCGUCCUCCCAUUACCACUGCUACCAAGGGGUAGUGGAAGGAAAGGGGGAACUGCUGUGAUUUAGAUGUUGAGCAGCUGGACUUCAAAGACUGUGUUAGACACCUCGGGCUCCACGUACAGUCAGUGGAGAGGAAAAGUAACUCCAGGGAGAUACUUGUCUCCUUUCAGGACAGGAAAUGCCUGUUUCUCUGCUGCCUGUGCGAGACACGUAGGUAUCCAGCUCCUAGAUAUGUGAAGUUGGCUGGGAUGACCCUGCACGGCCUACUGGCUGUGGCACUUCCUGGAGACCGCUCCCACCAAUGGGAGUUGCCUAAGGGUGGAAUCGCCUCUUCUACUCACCCUGUGGUGACUGCAGGGCUGCAGUGACUGCCAGUGCCGCCUGUGAGGAGGUGAGCUGGCCACUCAGCUCUUGCCAUGGCCCAGGAGUCCUGACAGACAGCUCACUUCAGGGCUUUUGGGCUGAAGAGCAAUUUCAGAGGAUUGGGAGUGAACUUAGUGCCAAACUUCUCAGUAUUGCCAGGCCCGAAGCUCUACAUAGGCAGGAGCAGAAGCGUCAAAGUUAUAAAGAUGCUUUAUUGCUCAUCUACACCUGACAUCUCAGCAGAGCAAACCUGACAGCUCCUCACAAGGGUCCCAAACCAUGCUCUUGCCGGGCUCCCACUGGGUGUCUGACAGCUGCUGGCUGAGCUGUAGUGGAUCAUGAGGAGGAGGCUCCAGCUGAAGGCCUCGAGGUGAUGGGCUCCAGGGCACUGCCACUUUUCCAAAGCCACUUUUCCAAAGCCUCACAGCCAGAGGGGUGGAGGGAGGGAGAGCAGCGGGGGGAAACGACACCACACAUUAGUUGGAGAAAAGGAUUUUACAUCAAGGAUUAUGUAACUUUUGACGUGUCCUAUAUAUUGAGGCCCAACACCGGGGAUUUAGCACUGUGCCGUGCUGUUAGCACUGCUUACUUUAGACAGCCACUGCUCAAAUAAUAGUACCGUCCUGUUGGAGGUUCUCCAAAUUUGUGUCUACUCCAUCCUUGUGGGGCUCCUCAGAUACCAUUGGCACAGGCUGCCCAGGGAAGUGGUGGAGCUGCCGUCCCUGGAGGUGUUUAAGGAAAGGGUAGCUGUGGUACUGAGGGACAUGGUACACUCUUGACAGGUACACUCUUGGCUGGGUAAGGAACUGGCUGGAGGGCCAGGCCCAGAGAGUGGUGGUGAAUGGAGUUAAAUCCAGCUGGCGACCGGUCACAAGUGGUGGUGUUCCCCAGGGGUCGGUGCUGGGGCCUGUCCUGUUCAAUAUCUUUAUUGGUGACCUGGAUGAGGGCAUUGAGUGCACCCUCAGUAAGUUUGCAGAUGACACCAAGUUGGCUGGAAGUGUUGAUCUGCCUGGGGGUAGCAAGGCCCUACAGAGGGAUCUGGACAUAGCUGGGCUAAAGCCAGUGGGAUGAGGUUCAACAAAACCAAAUGUCGGGUCCUGCACUUUGGCCACAACAACCCCAGGCAACGCUACAGGCUUGGGGCAGAGUGUCUGGAAGACUGUGUAGAGGAAAUGGACCUGGGGUUAUUGAUUGAUGCUAGGCUGAACAUGAGCCAGCAGUGUGCCCAGGUAGCCAAGAAGGCCAAUGGCAUCCGGCUUGUAUCAGAAAUAGUGUUGCCAGCAUGAACAGGGAAGUAAUUGUCCCCCUGUACUCAGCACUGGUGAAGCCGCACCUUGAGUACUGCAUCCAGUUUUGGGCCCCUCACUGCAAGAAAGUCAUGGAGGCCCUGGAGCGUGUCCAGAGGAGGGCAGCAAAGCUGGUGAGGGGUCUGGAGCACAGGCCUUAUGAGGAACGGCUGAAGGAGCUGGCAUCAUUCAGUCUGGAGAAGAGGAGGCUCAGGGGAGACCUUAUUGCUCUCUAUAACUACCUGAAGGGAGGUUGUAGUGAGCUGGGGGUCGGUCUCUUCUCUCGUGUGACUAGUGAUAGGACUAGAGGGAAUGGCUUCAAGCUAUGCCAGAGGAGGUUCAGGCUGAACGUUAGCAAAUACUACUUCCCUGAAAGAGUGGUCAGGCACUGAAAUGGGCUGCCCAGAGAGGUGGUGGCGUCACCAACCCUGGAGGUAUUCAAGGAACGUUUAGACAUUGUAUUGAGGGACAUGAUUUAACGAGAACCAUUGGUGAUGGGUGGAUGGUUGGACUGGGUGAUCCUGUGGGUCUUUUCCAACCGUGGUGAUUCUAUGAUUCUAUAAUUCUAUGAUUAUAUGACAUGGUUCAGUGGUGGAAGGCAGACAGUUGGACUAGAUGAUCGAUAUGUCUUUUCCAACCUUAAUGAUUCUAUGAAUCUGUCACCUGCUGGCGGCAUCAAGCCAGAGCUCCCUGUGUGUGUGCCUGGGCAGGGGAAGCAGAAGGUUGGAGACUUAUGGACGUGUCCUUUGCCCUGCCUCAGUCCUACACAAGGACCCAGUUUGCAUUUAACUGCACCUAAGCUGUAGGAAUCCUCAUGGUUUGGGAAGCAAAAUCCUUUGGCUCUGUAAGCAGACCAAACCCAUCUUCAUUUGCUGCAUGGCUCCUGAUAGCUUUUCCACAUUUCACAUGGGACUGGGCUCUCAAAUGCUUUUUACAAAUUUGACCAACUCCCUUCCAGCGUCUGGCAGGGCUCAUUUUCCCACUGAUACUUCACUUAUUCCACACGAGCUCCCCCACCUUUAUUUCAUCGUAGAGUCAUUAUGGUUGAAAAGAGCACUAGCAUCAUCGAGCCCAACCAUCAAUUUAUUGAGUCCAACCACCAUUUAUUUAUAUUUAUGUUCUUUUGCUUUUUUUUUAACUUCCCAGCAGGGAGGUGAGCAAAUGGAAGUGCAUCCCAUGUAACGUCUGCAAACGGCCUCGCAGGGGUUUGGCACCUUGUGCAGGAAUGAGCGCAUGCAGGUAGAAUGCGAUGGCUCCCGCUGAGUGCGGCUGUACUGAAUCCUACAGCCCAGCGAAGAGCAGCUGGUUAAGGUGGAAUUUGAAAAUCAGUCACAAGAUAAACAGGUUGCAACGUUAAGCGCUCUCCAAGGGAAAAGCAGCAUGCAGCAUAUGUUCUUACUUUGGAAGAUAUUUAAGAAAGGGGAAAAAAAUAUCACAACCCUUUAAUAGACCCUUUACUGGCUCAUGCUAGCGGGGCUGUUAAUUAAUUAAAUAACUAUAUGUGAAUGGCAUCCAUUGGGAAAGAGCCUCACAGCUUCCAGAUGCCAGUUAUUGGCCCCAUUACAGGCCUAAAACUAUUACAGUAAAUCAUUGCAUGCUCCAAGAUGAACUGGCACACAAUUGCUGGGAGGAAGGACGGAGCUAUUCUCACUUGUGCCAUUUUGUGUCAGUUUUUAUCUAGUGAGAUUAAUUAGGACUUUUAGAAGUGCAAGUCAGAACUAUAAAAUAUUAAAGGAUAUUCCAUCAGUGGGAUGGAGACACGCUUAAGCAGAGCUUUUAAAACUUUUGGAUGUUGACGGAUAGAUAGAAAUUGGAAGAGAUAAUGAGCAACAUCUGACUUGGAUUUAUUUUUUUUUAGAAGGUCAGAUUUAUAGUGAGUGGGGCUGUACUGAGCCUCCUCUGUCUGCUGGGGGAGUACUCAGAGGAGGACAUUAAAGUUUAUCACUGGAGUUCAGGUGCCAGGUAAGCAAACAGUUUCUCAGGCCAAAACCAAUCAUUCAAGGCAGUUAUUCCAGAUACAGAAUCAACCAGAAAGUAUUAAAUAACCCCACAACCUGGACCCCAUUGCCGGGAGGGGAGCACUUCCUGACAUUGGAUGGCAGCCUAAAAUCCAUGAUCAGGCCUAGAAGGGGCCUUUUUUCCCUUUUCUUAAUUAAUAAACUACAGCUUUUCACGCUAAAUGACUACUAUGGACCUUGCUGUCAUUUUAGGCUGUGAGGGAUAAAACCACAGAGUCGCCUACAUCACCCCAAACCUACAUUGUGUGCCCUUUGAAAACCCUCAUGUCUGCUUCAAAUCCAAAAUCUGAGCACUGGAGGGGCAAUGCACGGUAUAAAACUGUUUGUACAAUUUACCCAAUAAUUAGACACAUUAAUUCACAGGCAGACGUUCCCUCUGAUAAAUGUUCCACGGCUGGAAGUGCUGGCUAAGCAAAGGGCAGAGGGUUUCGCGGGGGAUCACCAGGACUGUUGAAGGAGUGGUGCCAAGGGGACCUCCCACCACCGUCCUCCUGCUUUUAGCCCCCACAUCAGACCACACAGGGGGGUUCCAAUUGCCUGGAGACGUCCAUAGAUGUGGCACUGAGGGACAUGAGUUGGUGGGCAUGGUGGUGAGGGGUUGACGGUUGGGUUGGAUGAUCUUAAGUGGUCUUUUCCAACCUUAAAAAGUCUGUGAUCUCUCUGCUGCUCCAAGGUGGAUGGGACGCUCCAUAGAUGGAAUGCCUGAUAGCAGUUUACCGUAAAUAGAAAAAUGAGGUAUAUGUUGGCUCUGUGGGUUUACAGGAGAAAUGGCAUCUCUUGAAAACCAACUUCAUCAAGCUGCUUUCCCUGAAGAGAAGGUGAGGAUGCAGAAACAUUCACACGGAUACUACCAGGAAGUGACUUGCUGUGUGAGAAACGCAUGAGUAAGAGUUUGCUGACUAACCCCUAGUGAAGGAAAGGGGUUGAUUUAUUACCAGAGCAUGACAAAUUGAGGCACUGCUCUCGCAGGCUGCUCUGUGCAAGCAGAUCCACGCAGCCACGUGGCUCUGGUAGGGCCCAGCGGGGCUCAGGACUGAGUGUUUUGGUUGCCAAACUGGCAGUAGGGAUGGCUCAAUAGCAAUAGGCUGGAAAAUUUUAUGUCAGAUUUCUCCAGAAGUGCAAAAAAUGUCAAUUUGGACAAAAAAAAAAAUUAUCCAGAUUCGGGUGAAAGCCAUGGGACUCAAAGCAGCGAAGCCGGAGCAGAAGGACAGAGGGCUGCUUUGUCAGCAGGGCAGCACCCGGUGUAUGUGCUGGUAGGAAAGCACUGCCUCGUCUGGUCCUCAGUGCAAACAAAUGGCUUGCAGGCUCUGGGAUCUGAGGAGGGGAGUGUCACUGUGUGUCCAGCACAAACAAAAGGAUGAGCUGAGCCAAGAGCAGCUCAGUGCUCAUCUCCCAUUCCCUGGCUGUAACCGCAGGAGACUCCUCUUGGCUUGCAUGAGAAUGGGAGGGAAUGUGAUCGCCGAGCAAAAAUGUUGUUCCUACUUGAUAGCUUAACAUGACCUAGGCAGCAGCUACGCUUCUGCACUGAGCUUGCUUUUCUGCUCUAUGGAACCUUAGACUGGCCCAUGCUUUGCAGCAGAGAAAAUGAAACCAAGAGAGGAAAAACAUAGCUACUUUUUUUUUUUUUUUUCCUGGGGUGCAGAUCAUGGAUUUUGAGCCAGAAUGAGAUGGAAGUCAGUGCAGGUCAUCACAACCUGCCACCUGUGAGCUGCGGGUCCCACUGCAGGCCCUGGGCUGUGACAUAGAGCUGCAGCAGCAGCACGGUUGCACGUGCAGGCUCCUUCCCAGCCACCAUGCUCAUUGCUUCAUGCCCCACGUUCUGAGUAUUUGGGGACGGAAACAGGAAAAAGGACUCCAGCCAUAUACUGCGAUCGUACAGUAAAUGGUAGAUUUCAACUUUCCAGUUGGAGGAAUAAUGGACUAGUGUUAGGGACCUGGUGCUGUCAGGUAUGUGCAGGCAGACACAGCUGGAGAAAAGCUUUGGGCACAGAUGCGAAGUCCAGUCUGACUUUGUAAAGAUGUAUGCGCACCCUUAACUUUAAACACAUCAAUUUUCCCAUUGACCUCCCUGGAACUAUUCAUGCAUUAAACAUAUGCAUGAGCCUCUCUAGAAGUAGGGAAUAUAAUAAAUGAGACAACCGAAAGAGUUAACCAGAAAUAUUUUCUGUACAAUGAAAUAGGAAAAUUUACAAGGGGUGUGUGCACAUGGGCUCCCAGUGAUCCCUCUUGACAAAAAAGGCCAGAUAAAAUCUAGGCCACAUUGUUAAAGGACAAGGCAUUGUUGCUCAUGUAUGGAGGGUGUUUCCAGCUACCCAUAGCACAGACAAGAGCACAGUUUGCAUUCAGUACGUUAAUUAAGCAAUUUGCUGGAAUUUAGCAUGUGGUGGAUUGGUGGGAGGCAACUUGAACUGGGGUUCUGCAGGCUGAGAUCCCUUCGUUAGGUUGAUGACCCUGAGUGGUGCCAAUAGAGCAGCGUGUCAGCAGUGCAUUGCUGUGGUGGCUUCGGCACAAAGUCAGCCCUAAACAAAGCAGUUAUGACCCAGUGAAAAGAACUGAUGAAAGCAAUCAAGAUCUACAUCAUUAGGCUGUCUGUUGUUGGUGACAUAUCCAGAGCCUGGUGAUAAGCACAGUGUUAUCAUGCAAGGGGGGCCUUCUGCAGACCAUUAAGACUACAACUGGUUUUUAACCUGUAAUUUUUUUUUUAAUAUUCACAUGGGAAAUGUUUCCAUUUUUACUGUCUAUAUCUGUCUCCAUACAUUGCUUUAGGUCUGCUUUUCUUGAUAGGUUUAUCAUUUAGCAUAUGCUGUACUCAUUACCAUUUAAAUCUAUAGGUUGUUCUGGAGUUACUAAGGCAUAUGGUUGUGAAUGGUAGCUACACAAACCUUCAGCAAACAAGCAGUACUGUGACUUGUGCUAGUGGGUGGAGGUGAACGUGGACUCUAGCUGUAGCAUUAAUGCAUUUAGUGGCUGAUGCCUGCUUACUUGUGCAAAGCUGCCCAGUGCUCAGGCCUUUCAGACCCGUGUUUGCUAAAUCAUCUUAAAACAGACCUUUAAGCUUUGCUUUUUCAUGGCAGAACUUUCAGCAAGCUGCAUUCUCAACUUCCUUCUACUUUUCCUUUUGUGCAUUAAAAAUGGAUACUUGAUUUGAACAAGGCCAUUAUCCAUAAGACUACAAAAAGCCAACUCCUUUCUCAGAAGCACUUAAGGCUUUCAAACAAUGUACAGGACUGCGAGGGGAGAGACUGCUGCUUCUUUACAUCAAGACUGUAUCCUGAUCUCUCCUUUGUGUUCAAAACCCAGGGUCACCCUACCCAGGAUUAUCAGGGUCUUCCUUUGAGCACCAAACCUACGGAACUAAUGUGACCUGUAGGCAAACAAGCCAAGUCUGAAAUGAGAUGAAACUCCAGCCCCCGUGCCAGCCUGUACUUGUAUUUAUUCUGCUUUACGACUUCUUUUGGCAUGAGGAGAUGCACUGCACUGAGCUUUGGCACACUGCUUCAGACAUGGAGGAAGUCUGAGAUGGGAGACCACAGCCUAAGUGUAUUUACCUUGCACUCUGUUUUCAUUAGACUUGCUGGAGCUGAAGGGUUCCUCCAUUCCCUUUGAAUGCCCUGUUUUGUGUGGUGAUGACUUUGCAAGACGAAAUGUCUUCUGUCCUAUCCAUGUGUUGCUGUCAUUCACACUGAGAAUCCUGGAGCCUGCAUGUUUUAGUCUGGGGAUGAAUUAGCAUUUUAGUUUUAGUACAUCCUGUCCCAUAAUUAUACUGAAAGGUUUUUGGAAGAAAACCUACCUAUUCCCAAGAAUAAUGAUUUUGGCCUCAAAUAAAGGACAGGACAGCACUGGCAAUGAAAUACUGGAAACUCAGCAUACUAUGAACUUUAGUGCUGGUAUUCUGUGAUUUCUUAUUUGAACAGAAAGGAUUUUCAGUUGUAUUGCCUUAUUUUCCUUGAAGGCAGACUUUGCUCUCGCAGAAAACAGACUGUGGGAUCAAAAGAGAUCUGGAGAACCAGCCUCGGUGCUCUGGGUCUGCAGGUUUCCAUCUGCAGGCUCUAAUUCAGCCGUGCUGUGUAUGUAGAAGUGCAAAUGAGGAGGGAAUAGCUCAAAGUUUCACUUUUGGCUUUCAGACGCUGCAGCAUUUUGUUCUCUUUAUAUCUAUGGCUUCUAUUUAAAUCUCAAUCUACCUGUAGCUCUGCCUGCACUGUCUUUCAGGGCUCCCUCCUGCUUCUCCCAUUGUCCUGGAUAUCUCUGAUCAAUGCAGUAGUGGAACAACGCUGCUGUGUAUCGCACAGUCCAACCUAGCAUGGAUUCAGUCCAGGAGUAGACUGGAGACGGUGCCCUUUCCUUUGCCUCUCACAUCCCCUGUGGGUAGGAUACAACGCAAACUACAACUUACUAGAAAAGGAAGUAUUGGGAAAUGUGUGUUUCCUAUUAGAAAUACAAGUAGUGGCAAGAAAACCCAAACAAGGAAGAAAAGAAAAAGCUGUUCUGAAAUCUCAAUGCUUGGUUAUGCUGCCCUGAUUUCUUAGCCAUCAGUCCUUUGCUGAUACUGGUAGGGCUGGGUAAAAUGUCACUGCAGCUGAUAGAUGUAACCUCAUUCAGACCAGCAAAAACACCUGAUUUUCUUCAACACGAAACCCAGGCAGGUGAUCUCACCAAAGCAGAGCCAUGUGGAGAGCUAAGGAGUUUCAGCAAUAGGAGAGAAAGGGAUUUACUCGGUACUUUUAGUACCAUGGUGCCUGCGGCUCUGCAGGGCUGGCCUGGGGGAAUGGGACAAGCAGCAGAGGUUAGGAGUCAUCACCACCUGAGAGAUGUCCAAAGUUCCCAUUUCCACUGUUCGAAGCUUGGAAAUGGAGAUCUCCGCAGCUUCACUGCCUACACAAUUGGUUUGUAUUGCUGGCUUAGGUUAUUUAUUAACAGCUUCGCUUUUUCUGAUGGGUGAAAACAGGAACAUCUGUAUGAUUUUACAAUAUGUGGCCUUAUCAUUAGACAAGUCCCACUGAUACGUACUGUAACUGAAGUGCAAGCUUAGCAGUCUUACUGUAAAACUGCACAGUGAGGAGUUAAAAUAAAGGAUAAGGGAAAGUCACAUGAUGACUCUGUAAGCAGUGGGACAGGACUGCUCAGCAGCUUGAUGGUGGGGCCUCCCAUGGGCCAGAAAGGUUGAGCUGUGUCCCAUCCCCCGCUGGAAGGAGCUGUGACGGGCACAGGCAACCUGCUGUUCCCACCACAAGCUCAGUAGGGUCCGGUCCUCUCCAGAUCUUUCUCUUACUGUCAGUCAUUGGGACUUCUUGGAGCAUCCUUCCCAUUUGAGAGCUUGCUUGCUAUUGUCAGCAGUCAUUCAUUGUCAUUGUGGGCAUUUUCUAUGGGAUCUUGGGUGAAGCUGAGCCCUUUGCUUUCAGCUUUUGAUGACCACACGACUCUCCUUUCUUCCAUGCUUUAGCAAACUAGAGGAGCUCCCCAAACAGCCUCCCUUCUUCUCUGCCCCUUCCCAUCCCCAUGCUGGGGCCACACUCACUCAUUUCUGCAAGUAAAAAUCCCAUUUUGUAUUCUCUGGGAAGAUGGUCAAUUUUUUUGGUGCUGUUAGUGCCAUUCUGUAUCACGUUGUGGGUCUCUCUGGGACUGAAGUUAUUUGUGUCUUGUGAAUUGUGGUGCGCCAUGUGGUGCCUUGUUUACUUUCUUCUAUAAUCACUUUUUAACAGAUCAGAAAAACAUUCUGCCAAAAUUCUGCGAGUCAAAAGCAGCUUCAGAGCUGUCAAAACUGCCGGAGAUGAGUAGAAACUUGCUUUGAUGAGAUCUCUGCUAACAUGCAUCGAUUUUCUGAACCCACUUCUUGCAUGGUCCAAAGGCAGCAUAGCUUUGUAAUGGCUGUGGGAUGACACUUUGAACUGUGCACUCUGUGAGAAAGGAUUCUUCACUGACUGUAGUGUCUGCAGGAGCAGCUGGCAGCCUGGCCAUACAAAGCACAGGGACUUGCUAUUGCAUUUUCACUGACCAGCGUCUUCAUUUUGGGUACGCAGAGUGGGAAAGCGUGGCUCAAACCUGCUGUAGGUGACAGCGCCCAGCACCAUCUACCACCUACUAGUGGGUGGCACUGGCACAGGCUGCCCAGAGCAGCUUUUUGUAGCAAGAGCCUAAAAAUCUUGUCUUUCUGAUCCUCAGAAACCAAGAUUUCUUCUCUUUCAUCUCUCCCCAGAGGGUGAGGAGGUCUUUAGUACGGGCCCAGCAAGAUGCAUGAGAAACAACCCUGACAAAUGGUUUAAAUUAUAAAGUACAGCAGUGGUGCCAAGUCCUGCAGUACGAGUGCCAAGAUUGGGAACAUGGCUGUUCCCCAGCGCUUGGCAAGGUGGUGACAUCUCGUCACCGCUCUCCGUGAGCGCGAGGCCCACACAGGUACACGGACCAGUUGGCUGGGGCAGGAUGCAAAGCAGUGUGGGAAAGCAGGAAGACGCCUGCCAAGCUUUUCCCAAGGAAAGUCACAGCCACAUUUUUUCAGAGGGCUCUGCUCCAAUGUGAAAUUACUCCUGGUGGCAGACAGAAUGCAGCCUCCAAAGCUCUCUACCAGUUACACUGAGGUGUCAUGUGGGCUCGAUCCCAGUUUGCACUGGUAAUGAAGGGUGAACACACAACUAUUUACUUCCAGCAAAGCGUGGUCCUGACACAGAAAGCUGUGAGAGUGCUUUUGGAGCAAAUGCUGAUUGUUGGAAAAGGCACCUGGAACUGCAGGGAAAAAAAAGAACAAAAACAAAAACAAAGCCAUAAAAUAAAGAAGUCUGUUUUUACAUUUACUUCCUCCUGGGUCCAAAGCAGAAGGGUUUUUUACCUUCAUUGUAAAUAAUGCAGCAUCUACAUAGCUGAAUCCAUCACCAGUUUCAUCUCUUCGUGGGAAGAACCUGCAAAUCAACUAUGGCCAACUUUCUAUUUCAAAGCAUUACCAUGCUAGACAUGUUAGUCAACUGUUCAAGAAUCCUUUUGUCUUACUACACAUUAUUCACAGCUCAGUGCCAUUCUGCUGUCUUCUUUCAGAUGGCCAGACGUUUAAUUUUGGAGGCUGCUACAGGGCAUCAGAGUUUUCAAUCCAGAAGAUCACGCAGGUGCAUUGUACUGGUGGAUGCUCCUUUCCCAGUCAAAAAGAUUCUUUCCAUUGCCAAAUGCUUCCCAACUCUUCCCUUCUUUACAAAAUGCACAAGUCCUGUGCUGCUCCGUGGCUGCUGCAAACUAUUAACCAGGUAAAUGCUAACUUUUAGUCAGGUGAGUAUUACAGAAUAUUCACUGCAACUUCCUACAUAAGCUGUAGUGUAGCGACGUGGCAGGGCUUUCUCCUCAGGUGGGUACUGAGUUUGGCAGAGCGACGCGGCCCAUUGCCUCAGCUGGAUCUGUCUGUAUGAAAACAUAUUUGGAUAAAGAGGUUCAAGAGACAAUUAUUAUGGCAGCCACAGAAAAGAAGCAGAAUAUCAAGUUCCUCUCCAGGACAUGGUGCAAGCCUUAUGCCCAGCAGCCAUCAAAAUGGCUGCUUUCUGCCUUUGUCCAUUAGUUUCCAGUAAAAAUACAACUGUGGGCACGUUUCCACUCGAGAACCUUUACCUUCUGCCAUUUCCAGGCUCCAUGGAAAUUUAAGUGGCUGGCACCAGAUACGUAAGUGAAAGGAAACUCCAAUUUUAUGAGCAAGUAGAAACUUAAACCAAGCAAACUGUUUCUUGUAUUUUAUUUGCUCUAUUAAAAAAGUCUAGGAUUAAAAAAAAAAAAAAGCUGAAUAUAAAAAUGACAUUUACUUUACAGGUGUCUGUAGAAAUCUGGGUUUGUUUUAAAAAUAAAUAUAAAACCUGCAGAAGGCCUUAAUUUGUUUUUGCUACAAAAUUCUCUCAUUAUAAAAGGAUGAGGAAAAAAAGUCCGACUAGUUCCUCUUCAUUUUAUGCUCGCUGCUUUAAUUCAGUGUUGCAAAUGAAGCAACAAACAAAAUUCUGAGAAAUAUGAAAAGUUCUUACAACUACAAAAGCCUUAAUAAUACAACAUUCAGCUGAAGCACAGCAACACUGACAUGAAAGGAUUUUCAUUUCUAAGAAAUACUUGAAUAAAUUAGAGUUUGAAGGUAUCACAGAAUCACAGAAUGGCCUGGGUUAAAAAGGAUCACAAUGCUCAUCCAGUUCCAACCCCCUGCUACGUGCAGGGUCACCAACCACCAGACCAGGCUGCCCAGAGCCACAUCCAGCCUGGCCUUGAAUGCCUCCAGGGAUGGGGCAUCCACAACCUCCUCGGGCAACCUGUUCCAGUGUCUCAACUCUCCCCUGUCUCAGUUUAAAACCAUUCCCCCUUGUCCUGCCACUAUCCACCGUCAUAAACAGCUGUUAAUAUGCAUAUGCAUUCUUUUCUCACACUUAAUGCACAGUGGUACUUUUGCAGGGCAGAUCUCCAAUAGCUGGACCUGCUGAGCCCAAGUCACCAAAAUGCUCUUCCUGCCUGGCUGCAGCACUGCAGGUCACCCAGUGGGCUGGAAACCAGGCAGCAUGUAGGUCUGGGUGAAAACUGAGACUUUGGAGGAGAAAAGUCCCCAUUAAAAACAUGUUGAAAACCAUUGGUAAUACCCACAGUUAACUAAGGUACAAAAUUGCUGCUUCCCAGGUUCUUUAUCACAGUAUCUGUUUUAGACUCUCAUCCUAAAGGUUCACUUUUCUAAACAGCACAAUUCAGGCAGAGGGGAAGGUCAGUGUACUCCCAGAUGGCGUUCUGCCUGCAUCUCCUCCUGCAGAUGCACAGGGAUACACAGAGGUUCCACGUUCCCGAAAGCUGGGCUUGCUGUGUAUCUACAACAGUUAUGCAGUGCACCAUCAUUACAAUCAGCAGAGAAUUAAAAAAAAAAUUAAAAAAUAUGUCUGCAUUCAAAGUAAAAAUAAAUAUGAAGUUCCCAAAUCUCCUGAGCUACACGCUUUUUAAUCAAUUAGAACUUUGGCUUCGUUUCAACUUACGCAUUUAUUUUAUAGUACAAUGCAAAAUAUGAACUACAUUGUGAAUAUUAUAAAAGCUUUUUUUUUUUUUUCCAGAUGGGAAUGCCAGAACAUUUCCACUGCUUUUUUUUUUUUCCUCAAACAUAUUACAGCAAGUAUGAUUUUAUGAAAGCAGUUCAUCUUCAGCAGAGUUGCACUCAGAUAGAAAAGGGAACUGUUGACUUUUUAAAGUAGAAAUGAUGCAGCCCUUUAAUUUUUACAUUUGAAAGUUCUGUGGUUCUAUUUGCAUCAUCUCAGUUGUUCUUAUAAAACGUGCAAGUACGUCUGUGUAAUAAUUCACAGUGGAUGUGCCCACUCCUAUUAAGGCACUGAAUUCUGGUCCGCUCUACAUGGAGUGGUUCAGUUUUCUGUUUUUCUUGUCUUUGUGCACUCGCAUCAGUUCUGAAAUAAGUAAAAGUGGUGAUGGAAAAAACAAGCACAAACGAAAUGACAAAGUUGAUAAAAUCAUCACCACUGGGGAGAUGUUAAAAAGAGAACAUUCACUCAUUAUGCCUUACAAGAAAAGAACCAAAGACAUGAAGAAAUGAUCAGGAGGAGGUUUAAGAUGAAAAAAAAACCAACCGAAAAACCCAUGGUUCCCCACAAAAAGAAUAAUUAAACUGAAUUCAUUGUGAAAGUGAUGGAAUUCAAGAUGAAAUGAAGUUAAAAAUGGAUGAGUAUGUGAAGGAUAGGUUUGUUUACUUGCCAUUAACCACGGGUCUUCUGCUGAAGAGCUUCCUCAAAGCCCCACUGCUGACAGCCAGGAGCACCUGCCAGUGAGAAGUGACUUUCCUGGCACCUCUCCCACCUGCUGUGCUUUGGGCAGGGCACUGGGCUGGAAGGACGCAGAGCUGCUCAGCAUCUUCACAGAGAUCUGCCCACACUGUGCAGAUGCCUGCUUCCAUAUACAGGAGAACAGACGUGCACUCCCAGCUCUGUGCACAGAGGUCUGGGUCCACAUGCCCACCCAGGCUGGGAAUUCAGGUAUGCAUUCAGCCUGGAAAGGCAGGCUUCAGAAGUCAGCAAGUUAAAAGGAGAGCUUUCUGACCAGCCCACCGAGGGGCCAAGAAUUGCUGGGGCUGACCUCACUCCGGACCUGCAGACCCUCCUGUCACACUGCCCGUGUUUGCGCAGCAAACAGAACACACGAAGAACUCUCGAGUAUUUGGGGAACCAGUAGGGUUCCGUGACCUGGGGAAAGCAAACAACCGGAUGGACAUGUAUAGAGAACACAGAAACACUUACGAGCCCCUACACAUGCACCCAAAAUGUAGCUGUGGCCACCCAGAUCCCAGCGGCAGCCCCAGUCCAUGGCAGGAGAAGCUCCCUCAGCAGCAGGGUGAGGUCUCUCGCCCCCCUCACAUGGCACUGCAAGUUGUCAGAGACAGGAAACCACCACAGGCUGCUGCUCCUGAUGCCCUUCAGCUCCCAGCAGUAGGACAGGGGCUGGGAGCAGCAGCACUGCUGGGCUGCAACACAAGGCCCUAAGGAAACACAUCUCUGCAGCCUGCUGCUCCCACAUUUAUCUCUACACUAACAAAUGCACUCCCUGCAGACUUUUUUUUUCUGGAAAUGAAGAGCCCCUUUCUCUUCUCAGACUAUCACCUCUUCAGCUUGCUGCCACAGCACUAGAAACAGCAGAGCCAUCGCUAUUGUUUAAAUACGGAUCCGUCAUUGUUUAAAUGAGUUUAUACACUCAUUUUAAAUAACUACAGGUGCUCACUCCAAGCAGUCCUCCUGUAGGUAAUUUAUGGUAAUUUGCUGAUGAUAGUGCACCUGUGUUUUUAUCAAACUCGUAUUUACUUCCGAGUUCUGAAGCAGAAUCUCCAAAGGCACUUGCCUCAUUAGUGUCACGCUGUGAGCAAUGGGGUUUCUGGCAGAAGGAGAGAACAAUCUGCCUUCCCAGCUCACAAGGGUUUGUCCACACUCCGACAGAAGUGACAGCAGCUGAGCUGUGCCGCGCUGAGGCAGCAGACAGGGAUCCCUCACCUCUGCAGGCAUGACAGUGACAAGGCGGGUUUUCCCAAACCAGCAGGAGCCGCCUUGGCUGUAUUCCAGGGAAGGCAUUUCCAUGUUGCCUACUUACACUGUCUUCUAGAUAAGGGGGGAAAGGGAACAUCUAUGGGGCUUAAAGGGUGGUCUCAAGGGAGGAAGUCAGGCGUCUCAGAGUACCGCUUGAUAAAGCCUUGCCAUGCAAAAAGCACAGAGAAAAAAGCAGCCAUAAUUUCAAGUCGUGUAAUACAGACUUCUGAUUCGGUAAUUUAACUGUAGAUGUUCUUCCUUUAUAAUGCUCUUUCAUCUUCCUUCAUAGAAAACAUCACCUUUUAGCAACAUCCUGCCGGUAGGUCUUCACUUGUAUGCAUUCUUGAGAAGUGCAAUUAUCCAGGAAAGAAAUAGCACACAGGUGCACAGAGAGGGAAUAACCCAACUCAUGCUGGAUAGGUUAAAUGUCAUUAAUAACAACACUCAAAUAUGUCAGCAACAUCUUUUAUAAUUUAUCAAUACCAUCUUUUUAAUAAAGAAAUAUGCAUUUGAGCAUUUAGUCCCAUCACACGCUCGUACCAUAUAGGUCUCAACAAUGCUAGGCGUCAAAGGUAAGCAUACAUGUAGGCCUUGUCAGAAAUGAGAUAUUACUUAAUUAAAAUGUUAAAGAAAUUCAAAUUAAAUACUUGAACUCUGCUAAGGGCUGUGAGCUAACCUACAGGCUAUUUGUAAGUACAAAUCUAUCUCAUGAAUGAGACAAAACUUAAUUCUCAACCACCACAACUGCUCCACCUAAACUUCUGUAAACUUUGGGCAUGAAGAUGAGCGCUAACAAUUCAUCACUUAUUUGAUUGUGAUACACCAAUGGUGUCUUGUGAGAUGUACUAAUUUGUUGCACUAAUUACACUGCAGAAUAAAAUUACAAGGCUGUGGUCUCCGUAUAACCCUCACUAAAAUCAGAUCUUAAGCAUCAGGAUGUCAGAGGAAGCUUAUUUUCAAUGAAACGCCGCUUGAAGGGCUUUGCCUUGGUGAUGCACAUGGCUCCUAUGGAGGUGGUUGGGUCAUUGUCCCUGGGGGGUGCCUAUAGCCGUGCAGACAUGGCACAGAGGGAUAUGGUCAGUGGGCAUGGUGGGAUGGGCUAGGAUUGGACCUGGUGACCUUAGAGGCCUUUCCCAACCCUAACGAUUCUGUGAUUGCACUGUAAGGAUCCACCAACCCAUCAGCCAUCAGUUCCUGCCUCACCUUAGGUUUGGUCACUCAUCUGUGAGUGUUUUAAAUGCCAAAAGGCCUUAAGAACAGAAGUCCCUUACAAUAAGAUGGCGUUUUAAUGCACAAUUAUUAUGAUCACUCAUGGUUCUAUGCUUUUAUGUGCUCCACGCAGCGUAUUGUGACAGGGUAACGCACAAACCUCCAGGUAAUUAACUUGCUGAUGACAAGCAGGAAUAACAAACGCCUCAGGAAAGGAAAAACCCAACAAGUCCCCAAACUGAACCUCCUUACAUCUGAAGAAUAGGAUUCUACCAUCCACACCAGCCCUCUCCCAUCUGUUUCACAGCUCUUCUUCCUCACAGCACCCACAGCGCCGUUCGGGAGAGCGAAGAAAACACUCAUAAAGAUAUUACUGCCACAGCUCGAAGCGCUCCCCUCCCCGUUACGCCGCCGCCAGCAGCCGCAACCACAGCCCCACAGCCCUCCGCUCCCCUCAGGCGCUGCCCGCCCCCUCCCGGAGCCGCACUCCAGGGCAGGCGGGGGGAAGGGCGGGGGGAAGGGCGGCGGAGCGGGGGCGGGCGGGCGCGGCAGUGCGGCCGGGCCGCUACCCCUCCCCUCACGCACCGCCCUCGUGGGACCCGACCGACGCGGGGGUGCCCGGCCCGGCCCUGCCCUGCCCGCGUGGUUACGCAGCGCCCGCCCUCAGGGGGCGGGAUACGGCCGGGCGCUCCGUUCCCCGGGCUGAGAGGAGGAACGGCGCACAGCUACCCAUCCCCCCCUUGGGCGCCCCGGGGGCUCUGUAGGGAGAGGGGGCAGCGCCUCACCUGAGUGCCCGACUCCGCCCUCCGGAACGCGUCACCCAUGGCGCGGCCGGGGGAGGGGGCGCCGCUCCGCUCCCGAUCCCGCUCCAGCCCGGCGGGCUGCGGCAACUGCGCAGUCGCGUUGCGGCUGGGCGGCCCAUGGCGGUGCUGUGCGCACGCGUGGUUCAGCCCGCGGGGUGGGGGCCGCGUGCCGUUAGGUCGCGGGUUCGGGUCCGUUGCGCUCUCUGGCGCUUGGUGUUCCCGUGGGAGCAGUCGCUGCAGGGUGGCAGAUGUUUGUUUCUUUUUAUAAAAGGCUUAUCUCGUUACAGGUUGUUGGUUUUCUCUUGAGAUGGAGGUGGGCGUUUAGGUAGGCCUGCAGGGCUGGCAGCGUUGGGUGUGGUGCCUGUCAGGGCAGGAGGCCGCAGCCCCGCCCUGAGCCACCACAGCGUGCCGUGCUGGGCUCCGUGUUCGCUGCGAGCGCUGCCUGAGCAAUCCUUGUGGCUUCUGGGAGAAGUCCCACUUCCCAGUUUUACAGGGAAACGUGAGGAGCGCGGGCUGCUGUGUGCAGAAGUGGCUGCUGGGGCUGAGGUGACUCAGGAAACUCAUCUGCAUGGCAGUUAUUAAGCUCCGACGCUGGCAAAAUUAGUCCUGCAGAAGCCAGCUAUCAAUUAUGGCUUACGUUAAAAAGGGUCUGGGAUAUUUUACGUGCAUACCUCUGAAUGGGCCGGCCUCACGUGGCGUGCAGUGCUCCGGGGCAGGAUCCCAAUGCCCGGUGAGGCUCUGAUGGUUGGUAGUGGCCCAUUGGCCUCAGCUGUGCAGGGCAGUGGGGAGGGGAAACGUGGAGAACCUGUUUGUGUUUUCCAUAGACAGCUAGCCAGCAGGGAUAACCAUAGCAAUCCCACUCCCUGUGUUUGCAUAUCAAAGGACAGCAGUGAUACCAUCCCUUUGGGAUGAGGGAGGUUAUCAGUGAUACUGCACGUUCUUACAGAUAGGAGGAGAAACCAGUGGUGUUCUUUGUUUCUUCAAAGAAGUGAAGUUUGUCUACAUAAAAAGAGUCUCUGCUGGAGUGAGAUUGAAUCUACCAUGAAUAAGAAAAACCUAACCUCAAAUGGAAGGUGUAGGCUUUGUUUACUCUUUCAACCUUCUUUCAGCCCCAAAUACGCUCCCUCUAAUUCAAAACACCCUCCCUCUAAUUCAGAACACCCUGUUGUUGCCACCUAGUUCAAGGUUUUUAGCUGAAUGCCACUUGCCUCGGAAAGACAGGCACAUUUAAUCUCAUUCCAAACAGUACUUUCAGUAUCAGGUCCUCAGUGUCCAGUGUCUCAUAAAAUCACAGGAAGUAAGUACUCUUUUGGACAGCUGUUGUAGACUUUCUUAUUCUCUGGGUAUAGAUACAUGUAAAAUUAUCAAAAGCAAAGAGGGUGAUUAGCUCUCUAGUACAGAAUCAUUAAGGUUGGAAAGGACUACUAAGGUCAUCCAGUUCAACCAUGAAGCCAUCCCCACCACACCCACUAAACCAUGCCCCUCAAAAAGGUAAGAAACACUUGGAUGGCUGCAUGGGGAUACGCAGCAUUAAAUGCAGUUUUGAAGGUCAGACAACCUUAAGAGUUGUGUGCCUGACUGUUGUUACAGUACCACAGAGGUCUGGGCUGUGUUCCCUGGAAGUAUUCAAAAGGUUUCUUAAUUAGAAGUGAUUGCCCUUGAAGCUGGCUGAUGAUUGAACCUAACCUGACAGUAGAGCAGACUCAUUGUGAGUUAUGACAAAGGCACUACUCAUUGCAUCCACCAUGUUUUUUUUUGUUUUAAUUAUAGCCUCUUUGUUGCUGUUAUCCUCUAAUUAAAGCCAUUGCACUAAUUUUAAAAAAGCGAUUGCUGUUUGAAUUCGGAAACAUAAAAAUACGCAUAAAUGCCGGUUGAGUGAAACCCACUCCUACCUCAUCACUAACCACUGUCUGUAUCCCAGUAGAGUCCUAUGGGAACUCUGCGUGGGUGAACACAGUUUUGGUAUUACAAUCCAAUGCAAGAUGAAGUAUCACAGCUAAGUGGAGAUCAAGUGACAGAUUCCAGAAAGAGAGGCUAAAAACACUGAAUUCACCAGAGCAGUAAAAAACCAGAUAUUUAAUGGCCUGAUACAUUCAGUACAUAACAGAAAUGUGUAAAUCAAAUAAGUGGUCAUCUUGAUAGGCAGAGUGCAGUAACCACCUCUCUGAUGUUACCUUUGCAUUCAUUUGCUUAAUACACUGUGGCUGGCACUACUAAGUUGGAAAAUUGAUAUUUUCUUUGACAGUGCUCUGCCUUAAAAGAGAAUCACAUUUUUGCUUUUUACAUUUAUUUAUCAGUACAAUUACUUUUCUUGGAAGAUGGAAAGCGCGGUUUUGGCAACUAUACAUAUUUCAACCUUUAACCAACCCCACGCCUUACACACAUCUUUGUCUACCAAAAUCCCUGCACUUCAGCAGUCAGCACCUCUGGCAUCUUACCAAAUUCAAUAUUAUAUGUUUUUCAAACUUGCCAAUGUAUUUCUCAUCCAUUUGCCUUUUUUGGUUUCUCUGUGUUUACCUUUAGAGAAAAACAUUAACAAAGGUAAGCAAGAAGACUCAUUGGCUUCAUCAAAGAUAGAUGGGAGCCUACUCUCUGUUUCUGCUUUGUUUUGUUCUGUUUACAUUCUUUUUUAUUUCUCUGCAGCAUUCCUGAGCAAUAGGGAGCACCAGGAGUAUUCUACCUGCACCUUAUUCUGUUUUUCUACUACAAAGAAGAAUCCUCCUUAAGACAGAAUCCUCCUUAAUGCAAUGUGGCUAUAAGUAGAUCGUUCCAUCCAGGGACUCUAUGCCCCAGCACUCCUGUUUCUACAGGCAGAAAAUUAGUCUUCCUUUGUUUGGCAUGUGGGGAGCCUGAGGGUGCCCCUUGAGCCAUAGGCACUGUUUAUGUAGCAAUUCAGCAGCAAGAGCAAUGACUUUUCUAAUAGCAGAAAGAUUAGGCUCUGGGGGUAUGCAUCUCUGUCUGCAUAAAGUGCACAUUGUGGAGAAAAUUCUUCUUUCCCAGUCUACAUUUUGAACAUCUUCCACAAUGAGGUUUUCCCCUGCACAUGUUUAAGACAUUCAUUGCUGAGAGAAAAUGAUGGCGCUAGAGAGGAAGGCGUUUCAAGUGGAGUUGCAGCCUUAAGCAGAAUGAUCUGUUAUUUUUUAUUUUUAUUUUAUUUUUUGCUUAUUUAUCCAUUCAUUAUUACUAAUUUCAGCCAACAGAAGGAAACUGGGUUGGGUUCUGGGGAAGGAAGGACUUGCAUGAGUGCCCUGGGGCUGCAGAGAUCUGAGUCGACUGUUUAUAUAAACAUUAACUUUUUUUUUUUUUAAGACACGAAGUCCUAACCUUAAAUUGCCAGUUGGUCUGCAAUACAGAGACAGCCCGGAGAAUUAACACCCAGUCCUGGAACAAGGCCUGAGGAUGAAAGUAAUGACAACGUGGGAUUCUAAAUAUACCCGAGCAGCUCACAGGUUCUGUGAUUGUGCUGGAGGCUGUGUGAAAUCUGCAGGCAACAGCAUGCCUGCUUGCAGUUUUGCUUCAGGUAUACCAAACUUGGCUAUGCAGGGAAUACAGAACCUCAGUUCAUUAUUCCAUCAUGUAUUGCAAUCCGCGAAUCAGCCAAAGUAGGUGACCAGGCUCAGAGGAGGGUAAUGAAAGGUGUUGAUGAUCUGGACUUUUUCAUAGGAGAUGAAGCCAUAGAUAAACCUACCUAUGCUACAAAGUGGCCUAUACGACAUGGUAUUGUUGAAGACUGGGACCUCAUGGAGAGAUUCAUGGAGCAGGUCAUUUUUAAAUACCUACGAGCUGAACCUGAGGAUCACUAUUUUUUAAUGACAGAACCUCCCCUGAACACACCUGAAAACAGAGAGUAUCUUGCAGAAAUCAUGUUUGAAUCAUUUAACAUACCAGGACUUUACAUUGCUGUUCAGGCAGUGUUGGCCUUAGCUGCCUCUUGGACAUCACGACAGGUUGGAGAACGUACUUUGACGGGAAUUGUCAUUGAUAGUGGUGAUGGAGUGACCCAUGUAAUUCCUGUGGCAGAAGGCUAUGUAAUUGGAAGUUGCAUCAAACAUAUUCCUAUUGCAGGUAGAGAUAUUACUUACUUUAUUCAACAACUCCUGAGGGAGAGGGAAGUGGGAAUUCCUCCUGAACAAUCUCUGGAGACAGCAAAAGCCAUAAAGGAGAAAUAUUGUUAUAUUUGCCCCGACAUUGUGAAAGAAUUUGCUAAGUAUGAUGGAGAUCCCCGAAAAUGGAUCAAACAGUAUACUGGCAUCAAUGCAAUCAACAAAACCAAAUUUGUUAUAGAUGUUGGUUAUGAAAGGUUCCUUGGACCUGAAAUUUUCUUUCAUCCCGAGUUUGCUAAUCCUGAUUUUAUGGAAUCCAUUUCGGAUGUAGUUGAUGAAGUUAUACAGAACUGUCCCAUUGAUGUCCGGCGUCCAUUAUAUAAGAAUGUGGUGCUCUCGGGAGGAUCCACAAUGUUCAGGGACUUUGGACGACGACUGCAAAGGGAUUUGAAAAGAGUAGUGGAUGCAAGAUUGAGGCUUAGUGAGGAGCUCAGUGGUGGUCGGAUAAAACCCAAGCCAGUUGAAGUUCAAGUGAUAACACAUCAUAUGCAGCGCUAUGCGGUUUGGUUUGGCGGUUCCAUGCUGGCUUCAACACCGGAGUUCUUCCAAGUAUGUCACACAAAAAAAGACUAUGAAGAAUAUGGCCCUAGCAUUUGUCGUCAUAAUCCUGUGUUUGGAGUCAUGUCAUAAUGCUUGUCUAAUGGAAACAAGGUCUGUGAUUUCUAACUCAUGAAGAAACUCAUGUCAGGCAGAGGAAGGCAACAGGUACUGUAAAUACUGAAACAAGAUGUGGCUAUUUCUUGGAAGCAUUUGGAUCACCGCCGUGUGCUACAGCACAGCUUACAGCCCCAAGUCAUUUCAGUGAAAGCCAUUUCUCUGCAGACUACUUUAAAGCCUAUCCUUCUUUCUUCCUAAAUGUGAGGUUAUUGACAGUAGGUAAUUCUCUGUUUAGGAGGUUGUGCAAAUACUACUGAAACUGAAUCUAGAAGAAUGAAGCAGUGUUUUACUGCUUGUGGAAAGAUUUAAACCUUUCCCACUUUCGCCCUAAUUCUGCAAUCAAAUCUUUAGCGAUGGAGCACUAAAUACCACAUUGCCUUCAGGGGGGUUGAAAUGGUUGCAGGUACCUGCCCAAACAGAUUAGAUUGCAGGAUUGGGACUAUACUUUGUAAAUGUAGGUUUUUUUUCAUAUCAUUUUGUAUUUUAUGAUAUCAGUAGGGUGAAUUGAUGACUAGUUCAAAGCACGAACAGCUAUCAAUGUCAUGGAGUGAUGUUACGCAUUUCCAGGUGUGAGGCAUGUAUUGGAGUUGUGCUGGUAUAUUUUAUUUUGGGGAAAAAAAAAGCCAUGUAUGCUAGCAACUGAUUUAUUCUUGUUUGAAUGACACAAAUUAAGUGAUUUACAGUACUGUAUGAAGUUUAUUAUAGCCACUGUUACUUUGUUUUGAAUUUUCUGAAACUGUUUUAUAGAAGAUGUUUUGUUCUGAUGUUGCUGAGUGGUGGAUGACACACAGGCCUUGCACCAGUGAAAUAAACGCUGUUAACAUCUUUA